GUGCGGUCUCAGUCAGUUGGAAGACUUAGUGGUGUCAAGACGCGCGGAGUGGUCUGUGUCGUGCUGUCAACGAAAGGAUAGUAGUGAGUGCGACUUUCAAACAAAUCUACACAAGUGCGCGAUUUAUUUGAAACAAAAAUAUUCGAAAAUCGUUUCGCGCAUUAUCACUGUCAACGCCGCUGACUUAUCAGCACCCGUGGAGUGAUUUCCACCACAAUUUUCCACGGUGCACCAGAGUAGAAGAAAAUCUGUCCACAUGGAGUUGUGAUGAGCACCAAAAAUGACAACGGCGAAAAUGAAAAUUUUACUGUCGCUAGUCGUCUGGAUAUUUCUAACGACACAGGCUAGCUCACAAGGCGGUAUAGGUUUCGGUAUAAAGCGGGAGAUCUUCUUCCUGAACCUGGAGGAUGGCUACUUCGGCUGUCAAGUGAACGAAAGUACGGAUGUCCUGCAACUCUACGAAUUAUCCAGGUUAUGCGAUGGCAGGAACGACUGCUAUCGCGGCUCCGACGAGCUUCGACGAGAGCUGAAAUGUACAACGGACUGUGGGAUUGAAGACGGCACAAAAUGUCAAAAUGGUGCCUGCCUUGAUCACCAGUGCCAUUGUAAUGACGGCUUUGGUGGAUGCUCCUGCGAAGUACCAGACGAAAACGAAUGUAAAUAUCGACCAUGCGACGUUUUCGCCCACUGUACGAAUUCCCUCGGAGGAUUCCACUGCACUUGUUUUCCCGGCUACUCGGGAGACGGAUUUCACUGCCAAGAUAUAAACGAAUGCGAAGACCCAACGAUAGCUGCCCGGUGUGUUCCUAACUCCGAAUGCUGUAAUCUACCGGCGAACUUCCUUUGUAAAUGUCUUCCCGGAUUUCAAGGAGAUGGCGAAGUCGAGUGCAGAGAUAUUGACGAAUGCUCAACGAUACCGAACGCGUGUGGCCACAACGCAGUUUGCCACAACACACCAGGCAAUUAUACUUGCGACUGUCUCGAAGGUUUCCACGGCAACCCAUUCCAAGGGUGUGCGGAUGUCGACGAAUGCCAGUACGACAACGCAUGCGCUGCGAAUGCGAUUUGCACGAACACGCUGGGCGGACGACAGUGUUCGUGUCCCGAAGGAUACGAGGGUGACGCCUACCAGGGGGGCUGUCACGACGUGGACGAAUGCGCGCGCAACCCCUGUGGACUGAACGCUAACUGUGCCAAUAUUCCCGGUAGCUUUAAGUGCUCCUGCCCCCCCGGAUCUGUCGGGAACCCUCUUGAAUCUUGCUCAGAUGUAGACGAAUGUGAGUCGUCGCCGUCGCCGUGUGGCAAGAACGCGGACUGCGUGAACACGUUUGGCGGCUACGAGUGCCGUUGCCCGGCCGGGUUCACGGGUCCGCCCAAGGCCGAGUGCCUCGACAUCAACGAGUGUGGCCGAGCCAAUGCGUGUGGCGUCAAUGCCAAGUGCAUCAACCUCCCCGGAUCGUACAAGUGUCUCUGUCCGGACGGCUUCUCCGGACAGGGCGACACCUUUUGCCAAAAUAUAAAUGAAUGUCAACUGAAUCCAUGUGGAGCAAACGCUGUGUGUACUGAUACAGUGGGAAGCUUCACUUGUACAUGCAAGGACGAUUAUACUGGAGAUCCAUUCAAAGGCUGUGCUGAUAUAAACGAAUGUGAAGUACUGGAUAAGCCAUGCGGUCUUAACGCUGUCUGUGAGAAUGCUGUGCCAGGCUACAAUUGUCUAUGUCCCCAGGGCUACACCGGCAAACCAGAUCCAAGUGUUGCAUGCGAGCAGAUCGAUGUCAACAUUCUCUGCAAAAGCAACUUCGAUUGUGUCAACAACGCAGAGUGCCUUGACGGUCAGUGCUUUUGUCAAAACGGAUUCAAAGCUCAGGGAUCAAUUUGUAUUGAUCUUGAUGAAUGCCUUGCAAAUCCCUGUGGAAAAUUCUCUGUAUGCAGCAAUACACCUGGAGGGUAUCACUGUGAUUGUCAACCUGGAUUUGUCGGAGCUCCACCAAGAGUCCCUUGUAAAGCACCGUGUGAAGAUGUUAAAUGUGGUGAUCAUGCAUUCUGUAAACCUGAUGGCCAAGAAGCCUAUUGUAUUUGUGAAGAAGGGUGGAUGUACAAUCCCGACGACAUCUCGGCUGGAUGUGUUGAUAUCAACGAGUGUGAUAAAAACAAUGGGCCGUUUGGACAGUGUGGUGCUAAUGCAGUCUGUGUCAAUCAUCCGGGAAGUUUCACCUGCGAAUGUCCCCCAGGAUUCACUGGAAAUGCUUUGAAACAAUGUACAGACAUAAACGAAUGCACGACAUCAGAGGUGUGCGGAAUAGGCGCCGAAUGUGUCAACUCGGCUGGCUCAUUCGCCUGCGUGUGUCCUGAAGGCUCUCUGCCAGAUCCGGAUCCUCAGACGCGGUGUGUGAACAUUGUCAAGUGCAAGGCUGACAACGACUGCCCUGGAAAUGCAGUGUGCGACGCAGAGAACCACUGUCUCUGCCCGGAUCCAAACAUUGGCAAUGAUUGUAGACAUCCCUGCGAAGGCGUAUUCUGUUCGCCGAAUUCACAGUGCAUGCUUCUCAACAAGGAAGCCAAGUGUCUGUGCAAACCAGGCUACACAGGAUCGUCGGACAGUUGCGUGGAUGUGAACGAGUGCUUGGGCAACCCAUGUGCCACGGGUGCGAUCUGCUAUAACGAGCCGGGAGGCUACUCAUGUCAAUGUCCCCGUGGAGCGAGUGGUGACCCGUACAGGGUGGGAUGUGCCCAGCUGAAGACCCCCGACAUAUGCAGUCCGUCGGUCCCCUGUCCAGGGUCCGAGGUGUGUGUCACCGAUGAGUAUGUCGGACAUAGUGUGUGCAUAUGUCAGCGAGGCUAUGUCAGGGAUGGCAAUACUGGGAAGUGUCGCGAUUUAAACGAGUGCUCAGAGUCGGAUGAGAAGCCGCCUUGUGGACUGAAUGCUGUCUGCAAGAAUCUGCCUGGCAGCUACGAAUGCCAGUGUCCACCUGGCUUCAAUGGAAAUCCUUUCACGCUUUGUGAAGAAUGUAACACUCUGGAGUGUCAGUGCAGAGCACCCUAUCAAGUGGUUGGCAGCGAGUGUGUGUUGGCUGAUUGCUCCAAGAACAGCACUUGCCCUCGUGGUGCCGAAUGCAUCACUAUUGCUGGAGGUGUCAGCUACUGCGCAUGCCCAAAAGGAUUCAGGCUCAACGAUGAUGGAUCUUGCCAAGAUGUGAACGAAUGUGCGGAAGGUGGCAACGUGUGCGGAUAUGGUGCUAACUGUGUGAACGAGAAAGGUGCCUACCAGUGCAUGUGUCCGCCCGGCUACAAUGGCGACCCCUACCGCAUCUGCUCGCCCAACCUGGUGCGCUGCAUUGCCGACGCCGAUUGCAGCACCAAUGAGAAAUGUGUCCAGCCUGGAGAGUGUGUCUGUCCUCCGCCCUACUUCGUCGAUGCAAACCAGUGCAAGAGUCCUUGUGAAAGAUUCCCAUGCGGCAUGAACGCCAAAUGCUCUCCGAGUGACCCACCAAGAUGUCUGUGCUUGUCCGGAUUUUCGGGAGACCCACAAGUUGGCUGCAUGGAUGUUGAUGAGUGCAAGGAUCUGCCGUGUGCCUAUGCAGCGCAUUGCAUCAAUGAGAAAGGAGGCUUCAAGUGUGUCUGCUCACAUGGAAUGACUGGCGAUCCCUACAGAUCAGGAUGUAUUGGAAGUUUUGUAAGUGCGAAGGGCGAAUGCUCGUCGGACGGAGAUUGUGCGGGUCAGCUGGCGUGUGUGAAUGGUGCUUGUGUGAACCCGUGCAACAGCCUGCCCUGUGGAGCCAACGCAUACUGUGAGCCCGAUGGCAACCACGCCGCCUGGUGUGUUUGCCAAGUCGGCUUCACCAAGAGUGCUACUGGCGAAUGUGUUUCAAGAUGUGAUGGAGUAUGGUGCGGACGCGGCGCGCAGUGCAUAGCGACAUCUAGCGGUGCGACAUGCAAGUGUGUGGAGGGCUUCCGCGGCAACCCGUUCGCAGGCGGCACGUGUGUGCCGGACGUGUGCUCUGCAGCCGUGCCGUGUGCCGAGCCGGACGUGUGCAUUGGUGGCCGAUGCAAGCAGCGCUGCGAGGGUGUCGUGUGUGGGGUGGGCGCCACCUGUGACCCCGCCACCAACCAGUGUGUCUGCGACAAGUUUUUCGUCGGCGAUCCCGAUCUGCUAUGUAUGCCACCCAUUAUGUUGCCAGUCUGCAUGCCGGGUUGUGGCGUGAACGCUCACUGUGAGUACGGAAUCACGAACAAAUGUGUGUGCAAUCCCAGCACCACUGGCAACCCCUACGACAAAUGCGGGCCUCAGGAGAAGCUGUCUUGCACGAGCACAUCAUGUGGAACGGGCGCUGUUUGCAGGGAGAGUCUUAACAAUAUUGAAUGUCUCUGUCAAUCUGGAUUCACCGGCAAUCCUUACGUUCAGUGCUAUGAUAUCGAUGAAUGCAGCAGUGGAAAUGCUUGUGGACCGAAUGCUAUCUGUUUGAACAGUCCGGGAAGUUAUGACUGCCACUGCGCUGAUCAGUACGUUGGAAAUCCAUUCACGGGAUGUACACCGGAGUCUCGUCAAGUCUGCAAGGAUCCAGCUUCAUGUCAAUGUGGCAAGGAUGUUCCUUGUCCUCCAGAUUUUACCUGCAAGAGAGGAAAAUGCAAGAGCAAGUGCGACUCAGUGAAGUGUGGUCCAAGAGCAGUAUGUGUCAAUGGAAAAUGCGUAUGUCCUCCCGGCUUGUCAGGAAAUCCUGUAGAUUUGGUGAAAGGCUGCCAACUGCAAGGACAAUGCAGUAACGAUCUUGAUUGUAAAUCGACAGAAAUCUGCUUCCAGCUCAGCAAAGGCGUGAGGAAAUGUGUGGAUGCUUGCAGUAGGGUCCAAUGUGGCCCGAAUGCUCUAUGUGUGUCAGAUAAUCACAGGUCAUCUUGUAUCUGCGCUGAUGGAUAUUUAGGAAAACCGAGUGAUCUGAACAUUGGAUGUCAACCGGAAAGGAAGCUACCUGGUGUUUGCAGCAAAGAUUCUGAUUGUGACAAGGGAUUGAUUUGUUCCAUCAGUAUUGAUGGGGUCAGCAACUGUAUCAAUCCAUGCUCCAACCUGGCCUGUGGUUUGAAUGAGGUCUGCAAUGUCGAUAACGCCGGACAUCCGUCCUGUGAUUGUCAACCAGGAUUUGCCUGGAACCCGGUCACGUCUGUUUGUGAGAAGCCAUCAACACCAGAUUGUCACACUGACAAAGACUGUCAGUCGAUUGCUGCCUGUAGACAAGAUGCUUUAGGUAUUCUGAAAUGUGUGGCAGUGUGUGACGAGUUCAACUGUCCCCAGAACGCCGCGUGUGUGGCCAGUAAUCAUGUGGGUCAAUGCGAGUGUGUGUCAGGGUUUACUGGUAACCCCAACGACAGGAAUGGUUGUUCACCUGCUUUGAAGAACCAAUGUACACAGGAUAACCAGUGCUCAGAAUCGGAUACAUGUAGAUUGGAUAGUACAUCCGGGACACUUGUUUGUAGACCGGCCUGUGACAUGAUUAACUGUGGACCUCGUGCUGUCUGCAUCGCCAACAACCAUGUUGCUCAAUGUCAGUGUCCCCCUGGGCUCUACACUGGAGACCCCAACGACCCCAACUCUGGGUGUAAAACUGUUCCAUGUGUUAAAAAUAUCGACUGCCCCGAAAACCAACUCUGUGACAGACUUUCCCAUUCAUGUCAGAACGUUUGUGAUGAAGAUACCUGUGGUGACAAUGCUGUAUGUAUUGCCGAAGAUCACAAACCAAUAUGUCAAUGUCCGUCUGGAUUCAGAGCCAACCCGCUACCUGACAUUGAAUGUGUCCAGGUCGAUGUAUGUCAACCAGGAAAAUGCCAUCCAACCGCUAUCUGUGAACCGAACCCAACAUCCGGACAUACUUGCAAGUGUCCACCAGGACAUGUUGGAGAUCCUGUAACAUCCGGUUGUAUCUCUGAAGGAAAUUGUCCCGGUGGAGAUUCUGACUGCCCGGCAAAUUCGUUGUGUGUUGGAGGAAAAUGCAUAGAUCCGUGUGAUGGAGCUUGUGGGCCAAACACUUUCUGCACCAUCGAGAACAAGAAGCCAGUUUGUCAAUGUCCUGCCAGAUUCGAGCCUAUGUCUUCAGGAGCCGCCACCGGAUGUGUUCGCUCUGCUAGUCGGUGUACCGCAGACUCUGAUUGUUCGGGAGAUCUCUGCAUCAAUGGACAAUGUAAAGCUGUUUGUCGAAAGAACGAAGACUGUUCGGAGGGAGAACGGUGUGUCGGAAACAAGUGCGAGCUGCCUUGUGUGGGUCACGCCCAGUGCAGUCAAGGAAAGGCGUGUGUGGAGGGCAUUUGUGUGAUUGGGUGUAGAAGCAACAAAGACUGUGGAUCUUCGUCUGCCUGCAUUGCAAACAGGUGUCAAGAUCCAUGUAAAGAAGAAGGCGUUUGUGGAUCGAAUGCGCAGUGCCGGACCUCGAAUCACACAACCAUUUGCAAAUGUCCUUCAGGCUUCCAGGGUAGUCCGAAUCCUCAGAAGGGCUGUGUCAGAGUUGUCAUAUCGUGUCUGACAAAGCAGCAGUGCCCAAGCGGACAGGUUUGUGACCAGAGCGUGUGCCGAGAGCCGUGCAGAGGUGGGAGUGACUGCGCUAGUGGGGAGCGCUGCGACAAGGGCCUGUGCAUGAAGGUGUGCUUCGGAGACAGCAACUGCCUGGUGGGAGAGGUGUGCAUCGGAGGAGCGUGCAAGCCCGGCUGUGCCGUCGACGCCGACUGUGACACCAGUCAAGUGUGUGUACGCAAAAAGUGCAAGUGUGCAUUGGGCUUCAAACCGACACCGUCGGGAUGCCAAGACGUGGACGAGUGCGGCUACGAGUCGCCUUGUCACCGAACAGCGUCAUGUGUGAACGAGGUCGGCUCCUACAAGUGCACGUGUAAACCGGGCUUGGUGGGCGACCCCUAUGUGGACCCAGGUUGCGUGCGGCCGCACCAGUGUCUCACUGACUCCAACUGCAGUGACAGCCUGGUGUGUGUCAAAGGCAAGUGCACCGAUCCCUGUUCGUCCGGCAGCCUGUGUGGGCCGAACGCUGUCUGUUCGGUGUUCGAUCACAUUCCUACCUGUGCGUGUACGGCCGGACACCUGGGUGACCCCUACAACCUCAACGUUGGCUGCUUCAAGGUGGAGUGUCUCGAUGAUGAAGACUGCCAGAAAGAUAAAUACUGUGAUGUGCAAAGCAACAAGUGUAUGAAUCCUUGCGACAACCUGAAGUGCGGCCGUGGGAAAUGUAAGGUUCAAAGUCACAGAGGCGUGUGUUCGUGCUUCCAAGGCUACACGAACGUGGGCGGCAAGUGUGUGGACGUGAACGAGUGCGAAGACAACCCUUGCCACAAGACAGCUGCCUGCAAGAACACCCCUGGCGGAUACCAGUGCACUUGCCCGGAGGGUCUGGUUGGCGACCCGGUGGACGGAGGCUGCAGACGAGCCGGCGACUGUUUGUCACACAGCGACUGUCCGCAGAGUGCGGCCUGUGUGGAGAACACGUGCAAGAACCCGUGUGAGUCGGUCGGUGCCUGUGGGGCCAACGCUGAGUGCUAUGCGGCCGACCAUGUCGCCGUCUGCAAAUGUCCGGCACAGACUAGGGGCGAUGCCAAGGUGGAAUGCGUGAGGCUGGAGUGCGUGGACAGCGUGGACUGUUCGCAGACGCAGGUAUGCCUGAAUGGCGUGUGCGCAGACGCAUGCAGCGUGGGCAACGUGUGUGGUCUGCAGGCAGAGUGCACGGCAGCCAACCACGAGGCCGUGUGCACAUGUCUGCCGGGUCACACGGGUGACCCACACCUCGGCUGUGUGCCAUUGCAGUAUUGUGCCUCGGACAGCCAGUGUGCGUCGGGCACGAAAUGUUCGAACGGCAUAUGUGCCACACUGUGCAGCAGUGCGAGGCAGUGCAUCAGCGAGCAGCUGUGUAUUGGCGGUGUGUGUCAGGCCACCUGUAAGCGCAAUGCCACCUGUCCCGAGCUGCAGUACUGCGAGAAGGGUAUCUGCAUACAGGAGCUGCAGUGUCAGAGGGAUGCUGACUGUGAGCACACGCACAACUGUGUCGAGAAUAGUUACGGACAGGUCGAAUGUAGAAAUGUGUGCGAAGGCUCUAUACUGUGCGGACGUAAUGCUGAAUGCUCAGGAGUGGAUCACAAACCAAUUUGUACUUGCAAGAAGGGCUACCACGGCAAUCCGAAAAUCGCCUGUCACCCGAUUGAGUGCAACUCACAUAACGACUGUUCCAACGACAAAAUGUGCGAAGAUCAUAUGUGCAAAAUAUCGUGUCUAGCCAGGAAUCCUUGUGGUACCAAUACACUUUGUUCUGCAAAGAAUCACAAACAGGUAUGUUCGUGCCAACCGGGCUACACGGGCGACCCGUACGUGGGCUGCAACCUGAUCGACUUGUGCGUGGAGUCGCCGUGUGGCGAGGGUGCUCACUGCGACAACUCGCGCGGCUCCUACAAGUGCCUCUGUCCGCUGGGCACGGUGGGUGAUCCCUACAAAGAGGGCUGCCACGCCCCUGUCGAGUGUCAGGUUGACCAAGACUGUCCCACCGCCGCUAAGUGCAUACAGGACAAUGGCAUACCCAAAUGCAAAGGUGCUUGUGAGAAUCACGUAUGUGGACCCAAUGCUGAGUGCUUUGCUAGUGAACAUGUGAGUGCGUGUGUCUGUAACACAGGCUACGUUGGAAACCCGAAUGAUCUGACUGUUGGCUGCAGACCAAAGCCAGUUCCAUGUAAAGCUUCUUCCGAAUGCCCAGCCAAUACCUACUGCUAUGGAGACUUCUGUAAACCUCUGUGUGAGGCUACCAGUGAAUGCAGUCUGUCAGAGUACUGUGUGAAGGGCCAGUGCUUGAAUCCAUGCGACGAACCGACCGCCUGUGGCAUGAAUGCUGAGUGCAGAGUGCUGUCUCAUCAAAAGCACUGCUCCUGUCCACCCGGGUUCACUGGAAACCAGAGCGUCGAGUGCAUAAGAAUACCGGUAGCCUGCGAAUCGAAUGCUGACUGUGCAUUGGGAAACACUUGCAAGGAAGGAGUUUGCCGAGCUGAAUGCCGUAAUGACAACGAGUGUGCAUUCAACGAGAAGUGCUUGAAGAAUACAUGCAUAUUGACGUGCCGCCUGGACAACGACUGCUUCCUGGGUGACAUCUGCCUGCACAAUAUGUGCGUUCUGGGCUGCCACUCGGACGAAGACUGUGCGGCGAGCGAGGCGUGCCGUGACAACCGGUGUGCCCAGCCAUGCCAACCCUCGCCAUGCGGCGCCAACGCGCAUUGCUCUGUCUCCAACCAGCGCGCCAGCUGCUCGUGUCGAGAUGGACUCGUGCCUAGUCCCACCGCACAGGUUGCGUGCGUUCGUGCCCCGGCAGCGCCUUGCUCAACAAACCGAGACUGCAUGCAAGGCAUGACCUGCCACGAGUCCUCCUGUCGCCCCGUCUGCUCCUCGGACUCUGGCUGCCUGCGCAACGAGCACUGCGACCUGUCAUCAGGCGUCUGCAAGCCACUCUGUCGCCGCGACGACGACUGUCUCAACGGAGAGAUCUGCGACAACGUGAUCUGUGUGGCCGGCUGCCGCAGCGACUUCGGCUGUCUCAACGACAAGACCUGCGUCAACAACAAGUGCAUAGACCUGUGCGACUCGCCGACAGCGUGUGGAACCAACGCGAAGUGCACGAUGGUCGGACACCAGAAGCAAUGCGUGUGUCCGCGACCGCUUGCUGGCGACCCCAACAUUGGCUGUCGCCACCAGAUCAUCGCCUGCCAGACGGACAAACAGUGCGGGAAAGGCAAGACCUGUUACGGCAACAUGUGUGCUGGCAAGUGUCAGACUGACUCAAGCUGUCUGUCGGACGAGCGGUGUGUGGCGGGCGUUUGCAAGUCGGUUUGUAACUCUGAUUCGAAAUGUAGUGCGGGACAGAUUUGCGAGAAUAGACUGUGUGUGGCGGGAUGCAGGAGUGAUACUGUCUGUGCUGAUCAUCAGGCUUGCAUUGACAAACAGUGUAGAGAUCCGUGCGACGGAGCGACCACAUGCGGCGCAUGCGCAGUGUGCCGCGUGAUCAACCACAGCGUGCAGUGCAGCUGCGCGAUGGGCUCAGUUGGCAACCCUGCCGUGGCCUGCAUAAAGCCGGCCCUGAGGUGUGACGGAGUGUGUGAGUGCGAUGAUGACACCGGUAUGUGUAUAGGGCGCUGCUCCACAAACAAGGACUGCGCGUGUGGCGAGUCUUGUCUCAAUGGCGUGUGCGCGUCCAAGUGUUCAGCAAACUUCGGGUGUCCACCGGGACACAUCUGUAUCAACGGUAUCUGCCAUAAGGGAUGCAAAUUCAACAGCGAUUGCAGUUCGGAGAGAGCCUGCUACAAUGGCCAGUGCCUGAAUCCUUGCUCGAGAGAACCAUGUGGCACUAAUGCCAUAUGUCGUGUUUCCGAGCACCGGCCUGUUUGCCUGUGUCCUGAGGGACAUCAAGGGGAACCAAGCCUGGCGUGCAUCCCAUCCAAGUGCAGCAAAGACUCGGAGUGUGGCCUGAACCAGAAGUGUGAGGCGGACGGAUCGUGCCGCAUUCCAUGUCUGAAGCACGGCGUGUGCGGCCUCAACGCUCAGUGCCAGGUGGUCGACCGCAAAGCACAGUGCUCCUGUCCUCCGGGCUACUUCGGAAAUCCAAAGACCGAAUGCAAACAAGGUGUGGAAAGCUGUGCCCGAAACCCAUGCGGCGAGAACACGCGAUGCCUCGACCUGGCCGGCGGCUUCGAGUGCACGUGCAUGUCGGGCUGUAGCGGCGACCCGUACCGGGGCUGUGUGUGCAAAGGGGAUAUGCUCGACCUCUGUCAGGGCUUCCAGUGUGGAGUCAACGCCGUCUGUCGCACUGACAAGCACAACCAGCCGCAGUGUCACUGUCCCGACAAUCACCCGAUCGGCGAUCCCUUCAUUAGAUGCAAAGCAGUGAAAGGAGGAGACUGUCGCACGUCAGGAUGUGGAAAAGGCGCUCAGUGUGUCAAGGAUGGUAACGGAUAUCAUUGCAAAUGCUCUCCGGACUCUGGUGAAGAAUGUCUACGAGAACACGAAUGCAGCGAUGAUGACGAAUGCCCAAACGAAAAGGCUUGUGUAGAAAGAAAGUGCGUCGAAGUAUGCAGUGUGAGGGGCGUCUGUGGAGAGAAUGCCCUCUGUCAAGCUGUCAAUCACAAACCCAUGUGUUACUGUCCCCAGUGCUAUAUAGGUGACGCAAAAACAGUCUGCAUACCAGAUCCCAAUCCCAGUUGCAGAUCAGAUCUAAUACCAAUGUCACAGACCAAAUGUCAAGAUAAUUCCGAAUGCUCUGACAAACAUGUCUGCUUAGACAACCGUUGCACAGAUCCUUGUCAGACUGGUUUAUUCAAGUGCGGCCCGCCCAAAAAAUGUGAGACUAGAAAUCACAGUCCAGUAUGCAUUUGCAAGUCAGGAUUUGUCAUCAAUGAAGUUGGUGAACUGAGCUGUGCACCAGACAAAAUAGAAUGCACAAAAGAUGAAGACUGCAGCUCAAACACGGCUUGUAUCAACUCGAGAUGUCAAAGUCCCUGUUCCCUGUCUCUGUGUCCCGUGAACAAAACGUGUGCCGUACUGAACCACCGUCCAGUUUGCCUGUGCAUUGAAGAGUGCAACCCUUCCCUUACCAUCUGCCUGCGUGACAAUGGCUGUCCGCCUCACCUGGCCUGUGCCAACUUCCAAUGCAUCGAUCCCUGCCGCAACAUCACCUGUCCACAAGACGCUCCCUGCACUGCUGAAGACCACAAACCUGUCUGCAAAUUCUGUCCCAAGGGCUAUUCCUCGGACAAUAGAUACGGAUGCCUUAAAGUAUUAGGAUGUGUGGAGCAUGAUGAUUGUCCAUCUGAACACGCAUGCUAUGACGGCUCAUGCUCAAAUCCUUGCGAAGUUGCCAACCCAUGUCAUCAAAAGCAAGACUGCCAUGUUGAUAAUCAUCAACCAAUUUGUGUUAAAGUUUGUGAAUGCCAGCGAAAUCCAGAAUGCAGAUUCGGUUAUAUUUGUGAUGGAUGCAACUGUGUCCCAUCAGAACAUUUCCCACAACCUGUACCUGGUUGUGAACAUUGCCCCCCAGGUAUACCCUGUGAUCCAUUGACGGGCGCCUGCGCUAAAGCUGGCGUCUUUCCAACAACAACAACAACAUCAUACACUGACCAAACAACACUGGAUGGUGACACUACUGUUACAGAUUCCACCGAAGGUUCAACCACUGAACUAGAUAGGGAAACCACUACCAUACCCCCUACUCACAGUACAGAGUCCUCAUUCACAGCUUCUACAUUGAAUUCCGAUGAGGAAGAAACCACUGUACAAAGUACAACACAAACACAAACCUCCACAGAAUCUGAUGGCAAACAAACAACUGUUGAUGACUCACAAAGCACUACCAACUCUCCAGAUGGCGAUGCCACACAGACGGAAAGUGAAGAGGGCACUGAGUCAACUCCUUUCACUACAGAAGUGAGUAAAGAGCAAACCGAAGCAGAUACUGUCACUCCUCCUCCUGAGACAGAGAGUACAUUGAAAAAACACCAAACUUCCAAAUCCAUAGAUGAGGAAGGCCCAACUACCAUAGAAAGAACAGCUACCACAACUCUCACUAGUGUUGAAGAGCACACUGAGCUUACACCAGAUGAUGGGUCAAUCACCAAGCCACCUAGUCGCUCUCAAGUCACCCCUUCAACAACAUCUAAAGAUGAAAGCUCAUCUGCUUCAGGUGAAGAGGGAACCACCUCCAGGUCAUCCACAACUGAUAGUGACUAUGAUGGAGAAGGUGUCACCUCUUCAACUAAAAAAGAUUCCAAUGAAGAAGAUAAUACCACCACUGCUACAAGUGCAACCUCUGAAAGACUGCCUGAACUAACAACUCAACUACUAACUUCUACGACUGAAGGAGAAAAGGUCACCACCAUAUCUCUUGAAACUGAUAUUCCUGACUCAAACAGUGCUACAACUGAGUCACUGAAAGUAACAGAUACUACAACUGUGGAUGAAUCCACAACAACUCUAGUCAAUGAAACUCCUGUGAUAUCAUCGCAAGUAACCACAUCAUCUAACACAAUACAGACUGACGAACUAACAACCCCAAUAACCACUACUAAACAAACUUUCUCAACCACUGAAAUGUUACCCACUAUAACGGAAGCAGCUACACAAUCUCAAUUUGCAACAACUCAAAAUCUACCCGAUACUACUACUGAGACUCAAUCCUCUCAAGAAACAGAGUCAAAUACAUUAUCAGAAUUUGAAACAACUCAAUCCUUACCUGAAGUGACUACAGCUCAAGUAACUACUACUACCACUACCACUGAAUCAUCUCAAGUUACAGAAAUAAGUACUCAAUCUCAAUUUGGAACAACUGAAGUACUGCCUCCAAUAACUAAUGGUGAAACUGAAUCACCAGAAACUACUGAAUCUUCCACUGAAAGUACCACACAACGUGAUGGGCAACCCACUUCAACACAAGGAGGCACAACUGAAAUCACAAAUAGACAAACAGAUCCCACAAUUUUCCAGACCACGGAAGGGUUCCCUAAAACCACAACUUUAAGGUUUGAUACGACCAAAUUUGGAACAGAUGAAUCAACUUUCAAAAGUUCAAAAUCCAGUGAUGAAUCAACUACAUUGUUUGUAGAAGAACCUACAACUGAGGAAGGAAACACUUCAGAGAUUCCUGAAUCAACUGUGAGACAAGAUGUAGGAGAAACCACUGUAGGAAGAGGAGAUACUACCUUAAUCAAUCAAAAAUCUACUGAAAGCUCCACAGAAAUUGGAGAGGGAUCUUCAGAACUUCCUGCAACCGAUAGAUCUGAUGAAAUCACUACAUCAAGAUCCACUCCUCUAUCUUCACUUGAAACAACCUCUCAGACUCUCACUGAAACUACAACUGAAAUUGGAACAACCACUGCAGGGAAUUCACUUGAAACAACUAGUCCUCAGAUCUUACAGCAAACAACGUUUUCCACUGAAAUACCUGGAAUAUCAGAUUCUCCCACCGAAAGAAUAACACUUAUAACAGAUCCAACAACAGAAAUAACAACGAAUGAAAAUACAGUUUCCUCUGAAAUUACAGAAAGCAUUCCUGGAACAACAACAAUUCUCCCAGACAUAACAACUAGUGGAGAUAUUGCCGCAACAACUACCACUGAAAUUAAUGUAAUGACAAGUGAACAAGACAAAAUUACAACAUUGUCAGAACAAACUGAAAGUUUAGAGAGUACAACAUUCAGACCAACACUUGCAUCAGAAACAACUAUGUUACCACAAAUCACAACUCCAAAAUCUGAUACAAGUACAUUGGUUGAUGAUACAACUACUGAUGUUUUAUCAACCAGAUCAGGCUCUAUGGAAACUACAACUGAAUUUGAAAAUCAAAAAACUGAGUUACCAAUAAUUGAAACUACUAGGAGCAUACAAACAACUACAGUUGAGUCUACAACCACUAUUUUACCUGAACCCACAACAAGUGAAGGAGUUUCAAUGGCUAGUAGUGAGCCAACAACUAUUGAAUCUUCCACUUCAGAAGCUUCUGGUACAACAGUUUUGGAAGGGGGUGAACAGACAACUGAAAAUGGUAACAGAGAAACUACAAUCAUGACUAGUCAGUCUGCUACUGUCACCACUCCUAGUUCAGCUGAAGAAGCAGCCUCAACACCCACUCAAGAUGCAACAACUAUCAAUGUUGAAGGCCCAACCACAAUUCCUUCUUCCUUUGAAACUACCAUUGGAGAUGUGACAACAAGCAGUGGAGUAGGAAGUACUGAUAUUGGAUCCGUCUCAACAACUGGAGAGGUUUCAGAAGAAACGACAACUGUGUUCCCAGGAACCACAGUUGAAAUGUCUACAGUGGAAACAACCACUGAAACGGAUGUACCCAAAGUGACAGGAUCUGUUAAAAUGUCAAAGGCUGAUGAGGAAACCACAUCUUUUGAAAGCUCUUCAACAGUUGUUCCAUCAGAUUACUCAACUACCACUUUUUCUCCUACUGAAACCACAGAAGGUUCAACUACUGUGAAUUCCCAAACUGAAGUCAUUGCCGAUAGCUUUACCACUGAAGGUUCCACAUUUAUCACGAAUACAUUCGAACCCAACACAGAAUCCGCCCCCACAACCCCUGGAAUAGGCAUGACUGAAACCACCACGUACAUGACUACAGAAACAAUGACAACGACUCUGACAGACAUUGAGACAAGAAAUUGCACAGACGAUUCCGGUUGCUCUGCGGCCGAGGUCUGCCGCAACGGACUGUGUCAGUCGGCUUGCGAGGGAAAUGAGUGCAUUAGGACGAACGCAAACGCCACUCGACAAGGACUUUGUCCAUCCGGCCAGGACUGUCCAAGAGCACCUCCUGGAACAUCGAAGAGACCGCGGCCGUGCGAGUGGGACAACGAGUGCCUGGACAUGGAGGCCUGCUUCAACGGCAUGUGCGAGGACUUGUGCGCGAUCGCCAAUGUGUGCGCGGCGACUGCACGCUGUCACGCGGUCAAGCACCGCCCCGUGUGCACAUGUCCACCCGGCCACCAGGGCAACCCCGCCAUUAAGUGCUUCCAACCCAAGCCAUUGAGUUGUGUAAGCAACGACGAGUGUGCGCCGACGGAGGCGUGUCUGAACGGCGCAUGCCAGCAGCCGUGCGAUCUGCACAACCCGUGCGCGCAGCAUGCCAUCUGUGUCAACACCAACCAUGGCACUGAGUGCUCCUGCGCCCAGGGUUUCCAUGGCAACGGGUUCAUCGGCUGCAUACCAUCUGAUGCCCAGCACCGUCCUCUGUCACCUGAGCCGUGCCAAUACAACGAAGACUGCCCACCUGAUAAACUGUGCGACCGCCUCAACCGCAUCUGCAGGAAUCCUUGCGAAGAGGAUUCGUGCGGUGAUAAUGCGUUGUGCGUACCCAAUAAUCACGGAAUCGAAUGCCAGUGCUUCGCCAACUACCAAGGAAAUCCAUACAUCGAAUGUCUACCAGUUACCGGGUGUCACAACGAUGGACAAUGCUCAUCAGUGGAAGCUUGCAUCAAUGGAAAGUGUGCCAGCCCUUGUCACUGCGGCAUAAACGCCGUUUGUGACGUCAUCUAUCACAAGGCUAACUGCAAGUGUCCACCUGGCUACCAUGGAAAUCCAGCAAUACAGUGCUCAGGUCCACAGAAUCCAUGCGAUCCGAAUCCUUGUGGAAUCGGAGCACUGUGUGAAAUCGACAACGGCAAUCCCAUCUGCUUCUGUCCUAAAGGAAUGACUGGAAAUCCUUUCAAGAAUUGCAUUCCAGAAGGAGAUGAAUGCUUGCCGAACCCAUGCGGCCCGAACUCGGGCUGUCGCAUCGUGCAGGGUCGUCCCCAAUGCUUCUGUCUGCCAGAGUUCGAAGGACUGCCACCUCAGAAGCCCUGCACCCUGCCGUCGCACCCCUGCGAGCCAUCACCCUGCGGACCCAACACCCAGUGCCAGAUCCUCGAGAAUGGGUUCGCCAAGUGCACCUGUCUGUCCGGAUUCAUCGAGAGUCCGAACACGAUCCGAGGCUGCGUUGAGAAGAAGAACCCGUGUCAGCCGUCACCUUGCGGACCGCGCGCCGUUUGCGACCCGGGUCGGGAGCCGCCCUGCUUCUGUCCCGAUCAUCUCAUUGGAAACCCGUUCCGUGCUUGUACUGAACCACUGAAAUCGCUGUGUCAACCGGGACCAUGUGGAGCAAACGCUGACUGCUACGUGGCCGGCAACACGGAACAAUGCUACUGCAUACCCGGCUACCUGGGCGACCCCUACAUCGGCUGUCAACAGCAACCGGCCAGUCCUUGUUUGCCCAAUCCCUGUGGCGCGCAUGCGCUCUGCACUGUCACUCCUCAAGGCCACCCAAUGUGCCUGUGCCCAGCUGGCAUGGCUGGCGACCCGACUAGUGGGUGUGUGGGCCAUGAGUGCACUCUGGACGACGACUGCCCCUGGGACAAGGCGUGCAUCGGCUACCGGUGCCGCGACCCCUGUCCGGGUGCUUGUGGCGUACAUGCCAGCUGCCGCGUCGAGAAACAUCACCCGGUCUGCACCUGCCACGAAGGACUCACCGGCAACCCACUCAUCAGGUGUUCGCCACUUAUCGUUCCAGUGCCAGUAGGCAACCCAUGCAUCCCAAGCCCGUGCGGCCUGAACACACAGUGUGACAUCGUGGGCGGUCGGCCAGUCUGCUCCUGUUUGCCCAACUUCCUGGGCGACCCACAGACCGGCUGCCGACCCGAGUGCCUCACCAACGCAGACUGCGCCUCCAACCAGGCCUGCCUCAACUACAAGUGCCUCAACCCCUGCAAGCUGGGCAGCAUCUGCGGUCUGGGAGCCGUCUGUACCUGCCGCGACCACACACCGACGUGUUCGUGCAGAGAUGGCUUCACCGGCGAUCCGUUCAUUCAGUGUAUACCGCAACCUGCCGUUAUCGCAGUCGCCAACCAAUCACAGCCGUGCCACCCAUCACCAUGUGGCCCCGACUCGGUUUGCAGCGUCUACAACCCGCAGGUGGCUAUGUGCGACCCAUGUGGAGGCGCUGACGGCGCCUGGAACCCCGCCUGCCACCCCGAAUGCCUUUGCAACUCAGACUGUCCCUUCGACAAGAUGUGUCUCGGCCAGAAGUGUCGUGACCCGUGUCCGGGCUCGUGUGGCGUCAACGCUCACUGCACUGUCGUCUAUCACAAUCCCGUCUGCUCGUGUCCGCACCCCAUGGUCGGAAACCCGUUCGAGCACUGUUCGUUGCCACCACAAGAUAUGGUUGUGAGACCAGACACGUGCGAACGACAGCAGUGCGGCGCCAAUGCCUUCUGCAAGGCCGGCCAGUGCCACUGCCUGCCCGAUUACUACGGCAACCCUUACCUGGCCUGCAGGCCGGAGUGUGUGGUGAACACCGACUGCCCGCAGAACCAGUGCUGCGUCAACAAUAAGUGCACCAACCCGUGUGCGGGUGCCUGCGGCGUCAACGCUCUCUGCCACCCCGUCAACCACAUUCCCAUCUGCUUCUGUCCGCAGGACCACACUGGCGAUCCAUUCUCAUCCUGUUAUCCGUUUAGACCAUUGACACCAGAGAACAUGGGCCCGCCAGGCAACCCGUGCGACCCGUCGCCGUGCGGCCCCAACAGCCGCUGCCUGAUCUCCGCCCAGGGCCACGCGGCCUGCUCGUGCCUGCCCGGCUACCAGGGCGCGCCUCCCGUCUGCAAGCCAGAGUGCGUCGUCAGCGCCGAGUGUGCGCAGACGCAGGCAUGCGUCAACCAGCACUGCGUCGACCCGUGUCCCGGCACCUGCGGCCUUGGCGCCCAGUGCCUUGUCAUCAACCACAACCCCAUCUGCGCAUGUCCGCCCGGAUACCUCGGCGAUCCCUUCCAGAACUGUUAUCCUCAGCCAGAAGUAGAAGAACCGAAGAUACCAGGUCCACCAGCCAACCCAUGCCAGCCAUCACCGUGUGGCCCGAACUCGCUGUGCCAGGUGGUGCAGAAACGCCCCGUUUGCUCGUGCAGUGCCAAUUUCAUCGGCAGCCCGCCCUACUGCCGACCCGAGUGCGUCAUGAGCCAGGAAUGCCCCCACGACAAGGCCUGCAUUCAGGAGAAGUGUCGCGACCCCUGCGACCAAAGCUGUGGCGUCAACGCCAAGUGUGACGUCGUCAACCACACGCCCUUCUGCAGCUGUCUGCCCGGCUUCCAGGGAGACGCCUUCAUCGGAUGCUCCAAGAUACCACCUGUGAUAGUAGAACAGAAAGACCCAUGCGUGCCGUCUCCGUGCGGCGAGAACGCGCAGUGCACAAGCAAGGACAACAUGGCUCGGUGCACGUGCAUCCCGCCCUACGUGGGCAACCCGUACGGUGGAGGGUGUCGACCCGAGUGCGUGAUCAACGCAGACUGCCCUAGCCAGCAGGCGUGCCUCACCAGCCGUUGCCGUGACCCGUGUCCCGGCGUCUGCGGCAUCAACGCCCAGUGCAUCGUCGUCAACCAUGUGCCGGUCUGCUCCUGUGUGCCCGGCUACCAGGGCGAUCCGUUCAAGGCCUGUCGUGUUGAGCCAAUCAAACCCCUGCCAGAAGUGAACCCAUGCGACCCGUCUCCUUGCGGCCCGAAUUCGCAGUGUCGUGUGCUGAACGGCAACGCGGUCUGCUCGUGCCGCCCGGACUACAUCGGCACGCCGCCCGGCUGCCGACCCGAGUGCGUGGUGAGCGCCGAGUGCCCGCAGCACCAGGCCUGCAUGAACCAGAAGUGCCGCGACCCGUGUCCGGGCACCUGCGGCCUCCACGCGCUCUGCCAGGUCGUCAACCACAACCCCAUCUGCAGUUGUCCGCCCCGCAUGGUUGGCGAUCCGUUCGUGCGCUGUAUGCAGGAAACCCCCAAAGUGCCAUCGCCGCUGCCGGCCAAUCCGUGUGUGCCAUCCCCUUGCGGGUCGAAUUCGGAGUGCCGAGUGGUGGACAAUCGCCCUGUCUGCUCGUGCCAGCCGGGCACGCUGGGUGCGCCGCCCAACUGCCGCCCCGAGUGCCUCAUCCAUGCCGACUGCCCCACGCGGCUCGCCUGCGUACGCAACAAGUGCCAGGACCCGUGUGCCGGCUCAUGCGGCUUCAACGCCCAGUGCACCGUCGUCAACCAUCAGCCCGUCUGCGCCUGCAAACAGGGCUUCCAGGGCGACCCCUUCUCCGGCUGCAACCAGAUUCCUGUCACAGUGGUGCAAUCACCCCCCGACCCCUGUAAUCCAUCUCCAUGCGGUGCAAACGCAGUAUGCAAAGAGUUGAACGGCGCCGGCUCGUGCAAGUGUUCGCCGGGCUAUUUCGGAGACCCGUACCUGGGCUGCCGACCCGAGUGUGUGUUCAACACGGACUGCCGGCCCGACAAGACUUGCAUCAACAACAAGUGCCGGGACCCGUGUGUGGGCGCAUGUGGCCUCAACGCUGAGUGCCACGUCAUGCAUCACAACCCCAUCUGCAGCUGCCCGUCUGGCAACACUGGAAACCCGCUCUCGUCUUGCCGGCCCAUAGUGCAUGAACCGAUAGUGGUAGAGGAGCACAGGAACCCGUGUCACCCAUCGCCGUGCGGCCCCUACAGCCAGUGCCAGGAGGUGAACGGCCUUGCCGUGUGCUCAUGCCUGGUAGGGUGCGUGGGUACACCCCCCGCCUGCCGACCGGAAUGCCUUGUCAGCGCCGAGUGUCCCCUGGACAAGGCUUGCAUCAACCAGCGAUGCCGCGACCCCUGUCCCGGCACCUGUGGCACCUUUGCCCGUUGCCAGGUCAUCAACCACAAUGCCAUCUGCAGCUGUCCGCCCGGAUACAACGGUGAUCCGUUUGUGCGAUGUGUGGUUGAAGAAAAGCACCCGGUGUUGGCGAUAGAGAGCGUCAACCCGUGUCAGCCGACUCCCUGCGGUCCGAACUCGAAUUGUCGCACUCACGACUCGACUCCCAUCUGCUCCUGUCUGCCCAACUAUGUGGGCCGACCGCCCAACUGCCGGCCCGAAUGCACCAUCAAUGCCGAAUGUUCUGGCAAGUUGGCUUGCCAAAACGAACGGUGUAGGGAUCCGUGCCCCGGUUCUUGUGGACCCCACGCCACGUGUGUGGUGGUUACUCACUCACCUGUUUGCUCUUGUGUCCCCGGAUACACUGGUGAUCCUUUUAUUGGAUGUUCACCGUUCAUUCAGUUUUCUCCGACCGAAGGGCCGAAAAUGCCCUGCAACCCUUCUCCCUGCGGUGCGAACGCGGUUUGCAAAGAAAAAAACGGUGCUGGAUCUUGUACAUGUCUACCUGAGUACACCGGCGACCCGUAUACAGGAUGUCGCCCCGAAUGCGUACUAAACACCGACUGUCCCCGCGACAGAGCAUGUGUUAAUAAUAGAUGCCGCGACCCGUGCCCCGGCAUGUGUGGUGUCAAUGCCGAAUGCCGGGUUGUCAACCAUGCUCCCACAUGUGCAUGUCUACCAGGGUUCACUGGCAACCCUCUAUCUGCAUGUCAACAACCUCCACCUCCUCCACCACCGGCGCCCGAAAGACCUCGUAACCCAUGUAUACCAACGCCGUGCGGCUCAUACAGCAUGUGUAGAGCCGUGGACGGGCAUGCGGUCUGCUCGUGCCAACCUAACUACAUUGGCUCGCCGCCAUCUUGCCGACCUGAGUGUAUAGUUAGUGCUGACUGUGCACAGGACAAGGCUUGCGUCAAUCAGAAGUGCGCCGACCCUUGUCCCGGCACCUGUGGCCUCAAUGCACGCUGUCAAGUUGUCAACCAUAACCCCAUUUGCAGUUGCACGCCCGGUUUCACUGGGGACCCCUUUGUUCGCUGUCUCAAAGAGAAAAAGCCAGCUCCACGACCUCCCAGUGGCAACCCAUGUAUACCCAUGCCAUGUGGCCCCAACUCGCAGUGCCGAGUGGUGGGCAACACCCCAGCCUGCUCCUGCCUGCCCAACUAUGUGGGCCGACCACCCAACUGCCGACCCGAGUGCACCAUCAACGCGGAAUGUCCCGGAAACUUGGCAUGCCAGAAAGAAAAGUGUACAGACCCCUGCCCAGGUUCUUGCGGGGCUCAUACCACCUGCACUGUGGUGAAGCACGCACCUCAGUGCGCCUGCGAACCUGGGUACACUGGAGACCCUUUUGCAGGAUGUGCCAUUGUUCAGCAGAUUGUACCAACUGAGGGACCAAAAAUGCCCUGCAACCCGUCACCAUGCGGUGCAAAUGCAGUUUGUAAGGAGCGUAAUGGUGCUGGAUCCUGUGCGUGUUUGCCCGAGUACUUUGGCGACCCAUACACAGGAUGCAGGCCUGAGUGCGUUAUAAACUCAGAUUGCGACCGUAGCAAGGCAUGUGUGAACAACAAGUGCCGAGACCCGUGCCCGGGAACUUGUGGCCUGAAUGCUGAAUGCCGCGUCAUCAACCAUGCACCAUCCUGCUCUUGUCUGUCUGGAUUCACCGGCGACCCCAUAAGUGCAUGCAGACCUCUGCCUGCUAUCGAACCAGAACGGCCCAAGAACCCAUGCAUCCCGUCACCAUGCGGACCCUACAGCCAGUGCCGCGUAGUGAACAAUAACGCGGUCUGCUCGUGUCAGCCGACCUACAUCGGGUCGCCGCCAUCUUGCCGGCCCGAGUGCAUGGUCAGUGCCGACUGUCCCCAAGACAAGGCCUGCAUGAACCAGCGCUGCGCUGACCCGUGUCCCGGAACCUGUGGCCUCAAUGCCCGUUGCCAGGUCGUCAACCACAACCCCAUCUGCAGUUGUGCACUGGGCUUCACUGGCGAUCCGUUUGUCCGUUGUGUCAAAGAAACCCCUCCUCCUGCCCCCCAGCCGCCAAGCGGCAACCCAUGUGUGCCAUCCCCCUGCGGCCCCAACUCGCAAUGCCGAGUGGUGGGCAACACGCCCGCUUGCUCAUGCUUGCCCAACUACGUGGGCCGACCUCCCAACUGCCGACCCGAGUGCACCAUCAAUGCCGAGUGCCCCGGCAACCUCGCCUGUCAGAAGGAGAAGUGUACCGACCCGUGUCCGGGCUCGUGUGGAGCUCAGGCCACGUGUACCGUGGUGAAACACGCGCCUCAGUGCGCUUGUCAGCCCGGCUACACGGGAGACCCGUUCGCCGGUUGUACUCAGAUCCAGCAAAUUCCACCAACCGAAGGACCGAAAAUGCCUUGCAACCCUUCGCCUUGUGGGGCGAACGCUGUUUGCAAGGAACGCAACGGUGCAGGAUCUUGCACAUGUUUACCUGAGUACUUUGGCGACCCCUAUACAGGGUGUCGACCGGAGUGCGUUAUCAACUCAGAUUGUGACCGAAGCAAGGCUUGUGUAAACAACAAGUGCCGAGAUCCCUGUCCGGGAACUUGUGGCUUGAAUGCUGAAUGCCGUGUCAUCAACCAUGCACCAUCUUGCUCUUGUCGGUCUGGUUUCACUGGAGAUCCAAUCAGUGCAUGUCAUCCGAAUCCUGCCAUUGAGCCAGAAAAGCCACUGAACCCAUGCGAACCGUCACCGUGCGGCCCAUACUCGCAGUGCCGCGUCGUGAACGGACACGCUGUCUGCUCGUGUCAGCCGAACUACAUCGGCACGCCGCCAUCUUGCCGACCCGAGUGCAUGAUCAGCGCCGACUGUGGCCAGGACAAGGCCUGCAUCAACCAGCGCUGUGCCGACCCCUGUCCCGGCACCUGUGGCCUCAAUGCCCGUUGCCAGGUCGUCAACCACAACCCCAUCUGCAGCUGCUCGCCCGGAUUCACUGGCGAUCCUUUCGUCCAGUGUGUUAGAGAGAUUGCGACUACAGCCGCACCGCCCAGUGGCAACCCGUGUGUGCCCUCGCCAUGCGGCCCGAACUCUCAGUGCCGUGUGGUGGGCAACACGCCUGCAUGCUCUUGCCUGGCCAACUACGUGGGCCGACCGCCCAACUGCCGCCCCGAGUGCACCAUCAACGCUGAAUGUCCCGGCAACCUCGCCUGUCAGAAGGAACGCUGCACCGACCCGUGUCCCGGCUCGUGUGGUGCGCAUGCCACUUGCAACGUUGUCAAACACUUGCCGCAGUGCGUGUGCGAGCAAGGCUACACUGGAGAUCCGUUCGCUGGAUGCACACUUGUGCAACAAAUUCCGCCAACCGAAGGACCGCGCAUGCCUUGCAACCCGUCACCCUGCGGUGCCAACGCGGUCUGUAAGGAGCGCAACGGUGCCGGCUCGUGUGUGUGUCUGCCCGAGUACUUCGGCGACCCAUACACGGGAUGUCGGCCCGAGUGUGUCACCAACUCAGACUGCGACCGCAGCAAGGCAUGUGUCAACAACAAGUGCCGCGACCCCUGCCCCGGCACAUGUGGCCUCAACGCUGAGUGCCGCGUCAUCAACCACGCACCGUCUUGCUCUUGUCUGCCUGGCUUCUCUGGAGAUCCUCUCACAAACUGUCCGCCUAUACCAAUCACACCGGUACCUCCGACGAACCCAUGCAGCCCGUCGCCGUGCGGCCCGAACUCGCAGUGCCGCGAGGUGAACGGUCACGCGGUCUGCUCGUGCUUGGCCAACUUUGUCGGCUCGCCGCCCGCCUGCCGACCCGAAUGCGUGGUCAGCAGUGAGUGUGCGCAGGACAAGGCCUGUAUCAACCAGCGCUGCGCAGAUCCCUGUCCCGGCACUUGUGGCUCUAACGCACGCUGCCAAGUGGUCAACCAUAAUCCCAUCUGUAGCUGCGCGCCUGGUUUCACAGGCGAUCCUUUUGUACGCUGUGUCAAACAAGAAACACCAACCACCCCUCCCCCCGCCGUGAACCCAUGCGACCCCUCGCCGUGCGGCCCCUACUCGCAAUGUCGUGUGGUGGGCACGACUCCCGCAUGCUCUUGCUUGCCCAACUAUGUGGGUCGUGCGCCCAACUGCCGACCCGAGUGCACAAUUCACGCCGAGUGCGCCAGCAACCUGGCCUGUCGCAAUGAGCGCUGCGUUGAUCCGUGUCCGGGCGCGUGCGGCUCGGGCGCACUUUGUCGUGUCGUCAACCACGGUCCCGUCUGCACCUGUCCGCAGGGCUUUAUCGGCGAUCCGGCAAGUUUUUGCAGUCCUGCGCCCAUCACAACUUCGGAACGCACGCCGAUCCUGAGCGACCCGUGCUUGCCGUCACCGUGCGGCGCGAACGCCGACUGCCAGGAUCGCAACGGUGUCGGCGCUUGCACGUGCCUGCCCGGCUUCCAGGGCGACCCGUACAGCGGCUGCCGACGUGAGUGUGAGAACAAUCAGGAGUGCGCCGCCCAGCUUGCAUGUAUCCGGUUCAAGUGCGUGGACCCGUGUCCCGGCACGUGUGGUGUUGGUGCUGAGUGCACUGUCAUCAACCACGUGCCUGUCUGCUCGUGUCCCGCCGGCUUCACUGGUGACCCGUUUUCCAUGUGUCGCCAGGCGCCGCCCACACCGGCUCCAAGACCAGAAGACCCAUGCGUACCAACACCCUGUGGACCGAACAGCCAGUGCCGCGUCUUCAACCAACAGGCGGUCUGCUCAUGUUUGGCCAACUACAUCGGUUCACCUCCCACCUGCAGACCCGAGUGCAUUGUCAGCUCGGAGUGUCCUCUCGACAAGGCCUGCAUCAACCAGAAGUGCUCUGACCCGUGUCCCAACACGUGCGGUCUGCGUGCUCAGUGCUCCACCAAGAACCAUAAUCCCAUAUGUGCGUGUCCGUCCGGCUACACUGGCGACCCAUUCACACAGUGCUCGCCAAUCCCACCACCACCACAAGCCAUCCCGACCGAACCGACGCCGUCCUGUUUCCCGAACCCGUGCGGGCCGAACUCUGCGUGCCAGCUGCUGAACGGUAACAUCGCCUGUUCGUGCCUGCCCGACUACAUCGGCUCGCCGCCCACCUGCCGACCCGAGUGCGUGUUGUCGGCCGAAUGCCCCAGCCAGCAGGCCUGCAUCAACCAGAAGUGCCGCGACCCGUGUCCCGGCUCGUGCGGUGCCAACGCCAACUGCCGAGUGCUCAAUCACAUCCCGGUCUGCACCUGUAAUGACGGUUUCACCGGUGACCCGUUCACACAGUGUACUGCGAUACCGCUAACAACGGAAGCACCAAAGCCACUAGACCCAUGCAACCCGUCACCUUGCGGGCCGAACGCCAACUGCAACAACGGACUGUGCACUUGCAUCGCCGAGUACACGGGCAACCCAUACGAGGCGUGCCGGCCCGAGUGUGUGCUCAGCCAGGAGUGCCCACGUGACAAGGCCUGCAUCCGUAACAAGUGCCGCGACCCGUGUCCCGGCACAUGUGGCCAGGCGGCCCAGUGUGACGUCAUCAACCACAUUCCCGUCUGCUCCUGUCCGCAGGGCUACACCGGCGAUCCGUUCUCUAACUGCCGCAUCGUGCAAGCUGUGCCAAUAGUACCACAAGACCCCUGCUCGCCGUCGCCAUGCGGCCCGAACUCGCAGUGCCGUGCCUCGGACCAGCACGCCGUCUGCUCGUGCCUGGCGGGUUACAGUGGCAGUCCGCCCGGCUGUCGGCCCGAGUGCAUAGUGUCGGCCGAGUGUCCGCAGACGCGUGCCUGCGUCAACCAGAAGUGCACCGACCCCUGUCUCGGCUCGUGCGGCCUCAACGCUCGCUGCGAGGUCAUCAACCACAGUCCCAUCUGCAGUUGCCGUGUCGGACAGACUGGCGAUCCGUUCAGGAGCUGCUAUGAUAUUCCUCCAACACAAGCUCCGCCUCUAGCAGCACCGAAAGACCCUUGUGCUCCGUCGCCAUGUGGUCCGAACGCCGAGUGCCGAGCGGCGGGUGACACACCAUCCUGCUCGUGCCUGCCCGGCUACAUUGGCUCGCCCCCCAACUGCCGACCCGAGUGCGUCAUCAACCCCGACUGCCCCACCAGUCAGGCCUGCAUCAACAACAAGUGCCAGGACCCCUGCCCUGGCUCAUGUGGUGUCAACGCCCAGUGCAACGUCAUCAGUCAUGCGGUCACCUGCACCUGUAUCACCGGUUUUGUCGGCAACGCUUUCGUCCAGUGUAUGCCGAUGCCACAGCCGGAAGUAAUCAACCCAUGCCAGCCAUCGCCAUGUGGAGCUAAUGCUGAAUGUAAAGAAAGAAAUGGAGCCGGUGCUUGCAGUUGUAUUGCUGAUUAUCAAGGUAAUCCAUACGAGGGCUGUCGUCCGGAGUGUGUACUGAGCUCGGAUUGUCCGACAGACAGAGCGUGUGUUCGUAACAAGUGCCAGGACCCCUGCCCUGGCGUAUGUGGCCAGUUCGCACAGUGUUCGGUCAUCAACCACAUUCCAACCUGCACCUGUGUGCAAGGCUAUGUCGGCGAUCCCUUCUCCGCUUGUAGACUUCCACCUCCAGUAACGACCCAACCAACCAUCACGAACCCAUGCAGCCCCUCACCAUGUGGGCCCAACAGCCAAUGCCGAGCCGUGAACGGGCAAGCGGUCUGCUCAUGCGCACAGGACUACAUCGGCUCCCCGCCCAACUGCCGACCCGAAUGUGUUGUCAACAACGAAUGCCCCACUAACCAGGCCUGCUACAAGUUCAAGUGUCAGGACCCGUGUCCCGGUACCUGCGGCCUCGGCGCCCGCUGCCAGGUCAUCAACCACAAUCCCAUCUGCAGUUGUCCGCCCGGCUUCACUGGCGAUCCGUUCGCUAGAUGCACACCGAUUCCUCAAGCUCCACCGGAGCCAGUAGCACCGGUGAACCCGUGCAUACCAUCACCGUGCGGACCAAACGCCGAGUGCCGAGUGGCGGGCAGUUCGCCGUCCUGUUCGUGCCGACCUAACUACAUCGGUUCGCCACCGAACUGUCGGCCGGAGUGUGCCGUCAACACCGACUGCCCGUCCACGCAGGCCUGCAUCACCGAGAAGUGUCGCGACCCGUGUCCGGGCUCCUGUGGCCUCAAUGCCGAGUGCCGCGUUCAGAACCACAUUCCCAUCUGCACCUGCAGUCCUGGCAAUACUGGCGAUCCGUUCACACAAUGUUCGCCCAUUGUUGAAAAACCACCUCCACUUGCCGUUGACCCAUGCAACCCGUCGCCGUGCGGCGCGAACGCACAAUGCAACGUGGGCACGUGCACUUGUCUUGCCAACUACUUUGGUGACCCGUACACAGGCUGCCGGCCAGAGUGCACGAUGAACAGCGAUUGUGCGCGCAACCGUGCUUGCAGCAACCAGCGCUGCGUCGACCCAUGUCCCGGCACCUGCGGCCAGGCCGCACAGUGUGACGUCAUCAACCACAUUCCCACCUGCACCUGUCCACAGGGCACCGAGGGUGAUCCGUUCGUCGCCUGCAGGCCUGUGCAGGCUGUGCCUGCUGCACCCAGAGACCCAUGCAGCCCAUCGCCUUGCGGACCCAACAGCCAGUGCCGAGUGGCUAACAGUGUUGCCGUAUGCUCGUGUCUGCCUGGCAACAUCGGCAAUCCGCCCACCUGCCGACCCGAGUGUGUGCUCAGCGCCGAGUGUGGGCUCACCCUCGCCUGUCUCAACAACAAGUGCAAGGACCCCUGUCCCGGCACCUGCGGCCUCAACGCCCUCUGCCAGGUCGUCAAUCACAACCCCAUCUGCAGCUGUGCCGCUGGAAACACCGGCGAUCCCUUCCGUCAAUGUUACCCGAUACCUGCUGCCCCACCUGAGCCAGUAGCAUCGGUGAACCCGUGCCAGCCAUCGCCAUGCGGCCCGAACGCCGAGUGCCAGGUGCGAGGCGAAAGUCCAGCCUGCUCGUGUCUGCCGAACUACAUCGGAACACCACCAACCUGCCGACCCGAGUGCACCAUCAACCCCGAAUGCCCCUCCAACCAGGCCUGCAUCAACCAGCGGUGUCGCGACCCGUGUCCCGGCUCCUGUGGCGCCAACGCCCAGUGCAACGUCAUCAACCACACGCCUUCCUGCUCCUGCAACCCCGGCUACCAGGGCGACCCCUUCACCGGGUGCAGUCUGCAACAAGCCACUCCAUUACCACAGGAAUUUUUAUCGCCUUGUGAUCCCUCGCCAUGCGGCAUAAAUGCCGUAUGUCGGGAGCAGAACGGAGCCGGGUCGUGCACGUGUCUGCCGGACUACACAGGCAAUCCGUACGAGGGAUGUCGGCCCGAGUGUGUGUUGGACUCGGACUGUGCGGCGGACCGGGCGUGUGUCCGCAACAAGUGCCAGGACCCAUGUCCCGGCACAUGUGGCCAGAACGCUGAGUGCCGCGUCAUCAACCAUGUGCCCUCGUGCAUGUGUCCGCCUGGAUUUGUGGGAGAUGCUUUCCAGAUGUGCCGUCCUGAACCGAUCAGACCACCUCAAGCAGACCCAGUGAACCCAUGUGUUCCAUCGCCAUGCGGAGCCUACAGUCAGUGCCGUGAGGUGAACGGCCAGGGAGUGUGCUCAUGUCUGCCCAACUACAUUGGGAGUCCACCCUCCUGUCGACCCGAGUGCGUUGUCAGCUCAGAGUGUCCCCUCAACAGAGCCUGCAUCAACCAGAAGUGCGCCGAUCCGUGUGUGGGCACUUGUGGCAUCAACACUGUCUGCCAGGUCAUCAACCACAAUCCCAUCUGCAGCUGCAGGCAGGGAUUCACUGGCGAUCCUUUCACUCGUUGCUUGCCCAUACCUCCUCCCCAGCCAGUGGCGGACCCAGUACCCAUCAACCCGUGCCUGCCGUCUCCAUGCGGGCCCUACUCGCAAUGCCGCGACAGCAACGGUUCACCGUCCUGCUCGUGCCUGCCUGAGUACACAGGCGUGCCGCCCAACUGCCGACCCGAGUGCGUCAUCAGCGCCGAGUGCCAGAGCAACCUGGCCUGCAUGCGUGAGAAGUGCCGCGACCCGUGUCCCGGCUCAUGCGGCGCCGGCGCUCAGUGCUCCGUUGUCAACCACACGCCCAUCUGCACCUGUCCUGAAGGAUUCACCGGUGACCCGUUCACCAACUGUUUCCCCAAACCACCUCCAUUGAAUGAACCAGUGGAAGCAGAUCCAUGCAAUCCUUCACCAUGUGGAUCAAACUCUCAAUGCAACAAUGGAAUAUGCACAUGUCUACCAGAGUUCCAAGGAGAUCCAUAUGUUGGCUGCAGGCCUGAAUGUGUGCUGAACAGUGACUGCCCCAGGCAUCAAGCUUGCAUGAGAAACAAGUGCAAGGACCCAUGUCCUGGAACGUGUGGAGUGGGAGCAAACUGUGAGGUCAUCAACCAUAUACCUAUGUGCUCAUGCCCAGCUGGAAUGGCAGGCAAUCCAUUCAUUGAAUGCCGACCACAACAAGCACCUAUUGUGACACAACCUUGCAUACCAUCACCCUGCGGUCCCAACAGUCAAUGCAGGGAAGUGAAUGGCCAAGCAGUCUGCUCAUGUCUUCCAAACUUUAUUGGAUCACCACCAGCCUGCAGACCAGAAUGUGUUGUCAACUCAGACUGUGAUAGAAACAGAGCAUGCAGUAACCAGAAGUGCAGAGAUCCAUGUCUUGGUACUUGUGGACUUGGAGCCACUUGUCAAGUCAUCAAUCAUAGUCCCAUCUGCAGUUGUCCACCAUCACUGACUGGAGACCCUUUUGUGAGAUGUCAACCAAUUCCACCACCACUAGCAUCACCACCCUCAAACCCAUGUCAACCAUCACCAUGUGGACCCAACUCACAGUGCAGGGUUGCUGGAGAGAGUCCUUCAUGUUCAUGUCUGCCAGACUUCAUUGGAGUACCACCAAACUGCAGACCUGAAUGUGUCAGCAACAGUGAAUGUGCCAGUCACUUGGCCUGCAUCAAUCAGAAAUGCAGAGAUCCUUGUCCAGGAACUUGUGGAGCUAAUGCUGAGUGUAGAGUUGUUAGCCACACUCCUCAGUGUAUAUGUAUUGUGGGGUACACAGGAGACCCAUUCACACAAUGUACCCUGCAACAAGCUGCACCAAUUCCUCAAGAAAUACCAACACCUUGUCAACCAUCGCCAUGUGGAGCAAAUGCAGUAUGUAGAGAGCAGAAUGGUGCAGGAUCAUGCACAUGUUUGCCCGAGUAUAUUGGAAACCCAUAUGAAGGCUGUAGACCAGAAUGUGUCAUUAAUACUGACUGUGCUCCAAAUAGAGCUUGCAUCAGGAAUAAAUGUCAAGAUCCUUGCCCUGGUACCUGUGGACAGAAUGCCGAUUGUCAAGUGGUGAAUCAUCUGCCACUGUGUACAUGCAGACAAGGUUACACUGGGGAUCCAUUCAGAUUCUGCAACAUCAUACCACAACAAGCUCCUAUUGAAGCAGCACCAGUUGAUCCUUGCAACCCAUCGCCUUGUGGACCUAACAGCCAGUGCAGAGAGGUUAAUGGACAAGCUGUUUGCUCGUGCCUUCCCACUUUCAUUGGUUCACCUCCAGGCUGCAGACCGGAGUGUGUUGUCAGCUCAGAGUGUCCACCCAACAGGGCAUGCAUCAACCAGAAAUGUGCUGAUCCCUGUCCAGGAACCUGUGGACAAAAUACCAAUUGUCAAGUCAUCAACCACAGUCCUAUAUGUAGUUGCAGAUCUGGCUUUACUGGGGAUCCAUUUGUUAGAUGCUUCCCAAUACCUCCUCCUCCCCCUCCAGCAGCUGAUCCAAUUCCAGUGAACCCAUGUGUGCCAUCUCCAUGUGGUCCAUACUCUCAGUGCAGAGACAUAGGCGGCUCUCCAUCAUGCUCUUGUCUACCAGAGUACACAGGAACUCCACCGAACUGUCGACCAGAAUGUAUCAUCAACUCAGAAUGUCGCAGCAACCUGGCCUGUAUGAGAGAGAAGUGCAGAGAUCCGUGUCCUGGUUCCUGUGGCUUUGGAGCUGUGUGCAAUGUCAUCAACCACACUCCAAUCUGCAUGUGUCCUGAAGGAAUGACUGGAGAUCCAUUCAACAACUGUUUCCCCAAGCCUCCUGAACCUGUGGAACCAUUGGCGACAGAUCCAUGCAACCCAUCACCAUGUGGGCCGAAUGCUCAGUGCAGUAAUGGGAUCUGCACAUGUCUGCCUGAAUACCAGGGAGACCCGUACUCAGGUUGUCGACCAGAGUGUGUGAUGAACACCGACUGUCCACGAAAUAGGGCAUGCAUCAGGAACAAGUGUGUGGAUCCUUGUCCCGGCACUUGUGGCCAGGGAGCCCAGUGUGAGGUCAUCAACCACAUACCUAUGUGCACAUGUCCUGCUGGCAUGGCUGGCAACCCAUUCAUCGAAUGUCGGCCACAGCAAGCUCCAGUUGUGACACAACCAUGCAUACCUUCACCAUGUGGUCCAUACAGUCAAUGCAGAGAAGUCAACCAACAAGCUGUCUGCUCUUGUGUACCUGGAUACAUGGGCUCCCCACCAACUUGUCGCCCAGAAUGUGUUGUAAACUCAGACUGCAACAUGAAUCAGGCCUGUUCAAAUCAGAAAUGCAGAGAUCCCUGCCCAGGAACAUGUGGAGUUGGAGCUAGAUGUCAAGUCAUCAACCACAAUCCAAUCUGCAGUUGUCCUCCAGGAAUGACAGGAGAUCCAUUCUCAAGAUGUCAACCAAUUCCACCUCCUCUGGCAAGCCCACCCAGCAACCCAUGUCAACCAUCUCCUUGUGGACCAAACUCACAGUGCAGAGAAGUUGGAGAAAGUCCAUCAUGCUCUUGCUUGCCAGACUUCAUUGGAGUACCACCAAACUGCAGACCAGAAUGUGUGAGCAACAGUGAAUGUGCCAGUCACUUGGCUUGCAUCAAUCAGAAAUGCAGAGAUCCAUGUCCAGGAACUUGUGGUGCCAAUGCAGAAUGCAGAGUAGUAAGCCAUACUCCUCAAUGCAUCUGUAUAGUUGGUUAUACUGGAGAUCCAUUCACACAAUGCACCCUGCAACAAGCUGAUCCCAUACCUCAAGAACGACCAACACCUUGUCAACCAUCGCCAUGUGGAGCAAAUGCAGUUUGUAGAGAGCAAAAUGGCGCAGGAUCCUGCACGUGUUUGCCUGAGUACAUUGGAAACCCAUAUGAAGGGUGUAGACCAGAAUGUUCCAUCAACUCAGACUGUGCACCUAAUAGAGCUUGUAUCAGGAAUAAAUGUCAAGAUCCAUGCCCUGGAACCUGUGGGCAAAAUGCUGAUUGUCAAGUGGUGAAUCAUUUACCACUAUGUACAUGCAGACCAGGUUACACUGGUGAUCCAUUCAGAUUCUGCAACAUCAUACCUCAACAAGCACCAAUUGAAGCACCGCCAACAAACCCAUGCAACCCGUCACCAUGUGGCCCAAACAGCCAGUGCAGAGAAGUCAACGGACAAGCUGUGUGCUCCUGCUUACCAACCUAUAUUGGAACUCCACCAGGCUGCAGACCAGAGUGUGUGGUCAGCUCAGAGUGUCCACCCAACAGAGCCUGCAUCAACCAGAAAUGUGCUGAUCCUUGUCCUGGAACCUGUGGUCAGAAUGCCAACUGUCAAGUCAUCAACCACAGCCCUAUCUGCAGCUGUCGAUCUGGAUUUACUGGAGAUCCUUUCACACGUUGCUUCCCCAUACCACCUCCACCACCAGCUGCUGAUCCAAUUCCAGUGAACCCUUGUGUGCCAUCUCCAUGUGGUCCAUACUCUCAGUGCAGAGAUAUAGGAGGCUCUCCAUCAUGCUCUUGUCUACCAGAAUACACAGGAACCCCUCCCAACUGCCGACCUGAAUGUGUUAUCAAUUCGGAAUGUCGCAGCAACCUGGCCUGUAUGAGGGAGAAGUGCAGAGAUCCUUGUCCAGGCUCCUGUGGCUUUGGAGCUGUGUGCAAUGUCAUCAACCACACUCCAAUCUGCAUGUGUCCUGAAGGAAUGACUGGGGAUCCAUUCACCAGCUGCAACCCUCUUCCACCUCAAGCCAUUGAACCAGUUGUUGCUGAUGAUCCUUGCAAUCCAUCUCCAUGUGGCCCCAAUGCUCGGUGUGACAAUGGCAUCUGCACUUGCCUGCCAGAGUUCCAAGGUGAUCCCUACUCAGGAUGCAGACCAGAAUGUGUUCUGAACACUGACUGUCCACGCAACAGAGCCUGCAUCCGCAACAAGUGCAUUGAUCCUUGUCCGGGAACAUGUGGCCAAGGAGCAACCUGUGAAGUCAUCAACCACAUUCCAAUGUGCUCCUGUCCAGCAGGAUUGGCUGGGAAUCCUUUUGUGGAAUGUCGACCUCAGCAGGCUCCAGUUGUGACACAACCAUGCAUACCUUCACCAUGUGGUCCAUACAGUCAAUGCAGAGAAGUCAACCAACAAGCUGUCUGCUCUUGUGUACCUGGAUUCAUUGGCUCCCCACCAACUUGUCGCCCAGAAUGUGUUGUAAACUCAGACUGCAACAUGAAUCAGGCCUGUUCAAAUCAGAAAUGCAGAGAUCCCUGCCCAGGAACAUGUGGAGUUGGAGCUAGAUGUCAAGUCAUCAACCACAAUCCAAUCUGCAGUUGUCCUCCAGGAAUGACAGGAGAUCCAUUCUCAAGAUGUCAACCAAUUCCACCUCCUCUGGCAAGCCCACCCAGCAACCCAUGUCAACCAUCUCCUUGUGGACCAAACUCACAGUGCAGAGAAGUUGGAGAAAGUCCAUCAUGCUCUUGCUUGCCAGACUUCAUUGGAGUACCACCAAACUGCAGACCAGAAUGUGUGAGCAACAGUGAAUGUGCCAGUCACUUGGCUUGCAUCAAUCAGAAAUGCAGAGAUCCAUGUCCAGGAACUUGUGGUGCCAAUGCAGAAUGCAGAGUAGUAAGCCAUACUCCUCAAUGCAUCUGUAUAGUUGGUUAUACUGGAGAUCCAUUCACACAAUGCACCCUGCAACAAGCUGAUCCCAUACCUCAAGAACGACCAACACCUUGUCAACCAUCGCCAUGUGGAGCAAAUGCAGUUUGUAGAGAGCAAAAUGGCGCAGGAUCCUGCACGUGUUUGCCUGAGUACAUUGGAAACCCAUAUGAAGGGUGUAGACCAGAAUGUUCCAUCAACUCAGACUGUGCACCUAAUAGAGCUUGUAUCAGGAAUAAAUGUCAAGAUCCAUGCCCUGGAACCUGUGGACAGAAUGCUGACUGCCAGGUGGUGAAUCAUCUGCCACUGUGUACAUGCCGAGCUGGCUAUACUGGGGAUCCUUUCAGAUUCUGCAACAUCAUACCACAACAAGAUCCUAUUCAAGCGCCACCAUCAAACCCAUGCAACCCGUCACCAUGUGGACCCAACAGCCAAUGCAGGGAAGUCAACGGACAAGCUGUGUGCUCCUGCUUACCAACCUAUAUUGGAACUCCACCAGGCUGCAGACCAGAGUGUGUGGUCAGUUCGGAAUGUCCUCUUAAUCGAGCAUGUAUCAAUCAGAAAUGUGCUGAUCCUUGUCCUGGAACGUGUGGCCAGAAUACCAACUGCCAAGUCAUCAAUCACAGUCCAAUCUGUAGUUGCAGGCCUGGUUUCACUGGAGAUCCAUUCACUCGUUGUAUACCAAUACCACCUCCACCUCCACCAGCUGCUGAUCCAAUUCCAGUGAACCCUUGUGUGCCAUCUCCAUGUGGUCCAAACUCCCAGUGUAGAGACAUAGGCGGCUCUCCAUCAUGCUCUUGCCUACCAGAGUACACAGGAACUCCACCCAACUGCCGACCUGAAUGUGUCAUCAAUUCGGAAUGUCGCAGCAACCUGGCCUGUAUGAGGGAGAAGUGCAGAGAUCCGUGUCCUGGUUCCUGUGGCUUUGGAGCUGUGUGCAAUGUCAUCAACCACACUCCAAUCUGCAUGUGUCCUGAAGGCAUGACUGGAGAUCCAUUCACCAACUGUGUUCCAAAGCCGCCUCCUCAAAACGAGCCAAUCGAAGCAGAUCCGUGCAAUCCGUCACCGUGUGGUCCGAACGCCCAGUGUAACAACGGCAUCUGCACUUGCCUGCCUGAGUUCCAGGGUGAUCCCUACUCGGGAUGUCGACCGGAGUGUGUGCUGAACACCGACUGCCCUCGCAACAGAGCCUGCAUCCGCAACAAGUGCCUGGACCCAUGUCCCGGCACAUGUGGCCAGGGCGCACGCUGCGAAGUCAUCAACCACAUCCCAAUGUGCUCUUGUCCUGCCGGAACAGCUGGAAAUCCAUUCGUACAAUGCCAGCCUCAGCAAGCUCCUCCAGUGACACAGCCUUGCAUCCCCUCUCCAUGUGGGCCCUACAGCCAGUGCCGAGAAGUGAACCAACAAGCUGUCUGCUCCUGUGUGCCUGGUUACAUCGGGUCACCACCCACUUGCCGACCCGAGUGCGUCGUCAAUUCCGACUGCAACCUGAACCAAGCAUGCUCGAACCAGAAGUGCAGAGACCCUUGCCCGGGAACAUGCGGUGUGGGAGCGAGAUGUCAAGUGAUCAACCACAACCCCAUCUGCAGCUGUCCGCCGGGAAUGACUGGUGAUCCUUUCACAAGGUGUCAACCCAUCCCGCCACCACUCGCAUCACCACCUACCAACCCAUGCCAACCAUCUCCUUGUGGACCUAAUGCUCAGUGCAGGGAAGUCGGAGAGAGUCCUUCCUGUUCGUGUCUGCCGGAUUUCAUUGGAACGCCACCCAACUGCAGACCCGAGUGUGUCAGCAACAGCGAAUGUGCCAGUCACUUGGCGUGCAUCAACCAGAAGUGCCGCGAUCCUUGCCCCGGAACGUGUGGAACGAAUGCUGUGUGCCGGGUUGUCAGUCACACGCCACAGUGUGUCUGCAAUGUUGGAUACACUGGCGAUCCAUUCGUGCAAUGUAUAGUACAACAAGCUGAUCCAGUGCCACAAGAGAGACCUACACCUUGCCAACCCUCCCCGUGUGGAGCGAACGCAGUCUGCCGAGAACAGAACGGUGCUGGCUCAUGCGCAUGUCUGCCUGAAUACAUUGGAAAUCCCUACGAAGGCUGCAGGCCAGAAUGUGUGCUCAACACAGAUUGUGCAUCGAACCGAGCCUGCAUUAGAAACAAGUGUCAAGAUCCAUGUCCUGGCACUUGUGGGCAGAAUGCUGACUGCCAAGUGGUCAACCAUUUGCCAUCAUGCACUUGUAGACCUGGCUAUACCGGAGAUCCUUUCAGAUUCUGCAAUCUGAUGCCUCCUACACCUCCACCUGUUCAAGCUGACCCAGUGAAUCCAUGCCGACCUUCGCCGUGUGGACCGAACAGCCAGUGCAGAGAAGUGAACGGACAAGCAGUGUGCUCCUGUCUACCCGAAUACAUCGGUUCACCUCCUGGCUGCAGACCUGAGUGUGUGGUCAGCUCGGAAUGUCCAACAAACAGAGCUUGUAUCAACCAGAAAUGUGCCGAUCCAUGCCCGGGAACGUGUGGCAUAAAUGCUAACUGCCAGGUCAUCAAUCACAGUCCAAUUUGCAGUUGCAGACCUGGAUUCAACGGAGAUCCUUUCACACGCUGCUUGCCUAUUGUUACCCCACCCCCACCACCGGUGCAAAACAUCCCGCAAGACCCGUGCGUACCCACGCCGUGCGGCCCCAACUCGCAAUGCCGCGACAUCGGCGGCUCGCCCUCCUGCUCGUGUCUGCCAGACUUCACGGGCAGCCCGCCCAACUGCCGACCCGAGUGCGUCAUCAACGCCGAGUGCCGCAGCAACCUGGCCUGCAUCAACCAGAAGUGCCGCGACCCGUGUCCCGGCUCAUGUGGCUUCUCAGCUGUUUGCAACGUCAUAAACCACACGCCCAUCUGCACCUGUCCUGAAGGCAUGACUGGCGAUCCGUUCACUAACUGCGUACCUAAGCCACCUCCACAAAACGAACCAAUCGAAGCAGAUCCAUGCAACCCAUCGCCGUGCGGUCCAAACGCGCAGUGCAACGAUGGCAUCUGCACUUGUCUGCCUGAAUACCAAGGCGAUCCCUACUCAGGUUGCAGACCGGAGUGUGUUAUGAACACCGACUGUCCACGAAAUAGGGCAUGCAUCAGGAAUAAGUGUGUGGAUCCUUGUCCCGGCACUUGUGGCCAGGGAGCCCUGUGUGAGGUCAUCAAUCACAUACCAAUGUGCUCUUGUCCUGCUGGCAUGGCUGGCAACCCAUUCAUCGAAUGUCGGCCACAGCAAGCUCCUCCAGUGACACAGCCUUGCAUUCCUUCACCAUGUGGACCAAACAGCCAGUGCAGAGAAGUGAACAACCAGGCAGUCUGCUCAUGUGUGCCUGGAUUCAUUGGCACGCCACCCACUUGCCGACCUGAAUGUGUUGUCAAUUCUGACUGCAACUUGAACCAGGCCUGCUCGAACCAGAAGUGCAGAGAUCCGUGUCCGGGAACUUGUGGAAUUGGAGCAAGAUGUCAAGUGAUAAACCACAAUCCAAUCUGCAGCUGUCCACCGGGAUUGACAGGCGAUCCGUUCCUUAGAUGUUCACCAAUCCCACCACCUUUAGCAAGUCCUCCAAGCAAUCCUUGUCAACCAUCGCCUUGUGGACCCAAUGCUCAGUGCAGGGAAGUCGGAGAAAGUCCUUCCUGUUCAUGUCUACCAGAUUUCAUAGGAACACCUCCAAACUGUAGACCUGAAUGUGUGAGCAACAGUGAAUGUCCCAGUAACCUAGCCUGUAUCAACCAGAAAUGCAGAGAUCCUUGUCCAGGAACAUGUGGAGCCAAUGCUGAAUGCAGGGUUGUCAGCCAUACACCCCAAUGUAUCUGCAUAGUGGGCUACACUGGUGACCCAUUCAGUCAGUGCACCAUACAAGCAGAUCCCAUACCUCAGGAACGACCCACACCUUGUCAACCAUCACCAUGUGGUGCAAACGCGGUCUGUAGAGAGCAGAACGGUGCAGGAUCAUGCACAUGUCUUCCAGAAUACAUUGGCAAUCCAUAUGAAGGAUGUAGACCAGAAUGUGUUGUCAACACUGAUUGUGCUCCAACUAGAGCUUGUAUCAGAAACAAGUGUCAAGAUCCUUGUCCUGGAACCUGUGGACAAAAUGCUGACUGCCAAGUGGUCAAUCAUCUACCGCUAUGUACUUGUAGACAGGGCUACACUGGAGAUCCGUUCAGAUUCUGCAACAUCAUACCACAGCAAGAUCCUGUGCAAGCUCCUCCUUCGAACCCAUGCAACCCGUCACCAUGUGGCCCCAACAGUCAAUGCAGAGAAGUCAACGGACAAGCUGUGUGCUCCUGUCUACCCACCUACAUAGGAACUCCACCAGGCUGCAGACCGGAGUGUGUGGUCAGCUCAGAGUGUCCACCCAACAGAGCCUGCAUCAACCAGAAAUGUGCUGAUCCUUGCCCUGGAACCUGUGGACUCAACGCCAACUGCCAAGUCAUCAAUCACAGUCCCAUAUGCAGUUGUAGAGCUGGAUUUACUGGCGAUCCUUUCACAAGAUGUCAACCUAUACCUCCACCUCCUCCGCCAGCUGCUGACCCAAUCCCAGUCAAUCCUUGCGUUCCAUCUCCGUGCGGUCCAUACUCACAAUGCAGAGACAUAGGAGGCUCUCCAUCCUGCUCUUGCCUACCAGAGUACACAGGAUCUCCUCCCAAUUGCCGACCUGAGUGUGUCAUCAACUCGGAAUGUCGCAGCAACUUGGCCUGUAUGAGAGAAAAGUGCCGAGACCCAUGUCCUGGAUCGUGUGGAGCUGGAGCUGUAUGCAACGUCAUCAACCACACACCAAUCUGCACAUGUCCUGAGGGAUUCACUGGUGAUCCGUUCACUAACUGCUUCCCCAAACCUCCUGAACCAAUUGAACCAGUUGUUGCUGAUGAUCCUUGCAAUCCUUCGCCGUGUGGACCGAACGCUCAAUGCAACAACGGCAUCUGCACCUGUCUGCCCGAGUUCCAAGGCGAUCCCUACUCGGGAUGCAGACCAGAAUGUGUGCUCAACAACGACUGUCCUCGCAACAGAGCUUGUAUUCGAAAUAAAUGCACAGACCCGUGCCCUGGCACUUGUGGACAGGGAGCCCAGUGUGAAGUCAUCAAUCACAUUCCUAUGUGCACUUGUCCUUCGGGAAUGGCUGGCAAUCCGUUCGUCCAAUGUCUUCCCCAACAAGACCCAGUAGUGACGCAGCCAUGCUCGCCGUCACCAUGCGGCCCCAACAGCCAGUGCCGAGAGGUGAACGGUCAGGCGGUGUGCUCGUGCAUACCGGGCUAUACGGGCGCCCCGCCCACGUGCCGGCCCGAGUGUGUGGUCAACUCAGACUGCAACCGCAACGAGGCCUGCUCCAACCAGAAAUGUCGCAACCCGUGUCCGGGAACCUGCGGCGUGGGGGCUAGGUGCGAGGUUGUCAAUCACAACCCCAUCUGCAGUUGUCCUCAAGGCUUCACCGGAGAUCCUUUCACCAGAUGUACACCUAUACGUCCUACCCCACCUCCCCCCGUCCAAGACCCGUGCAUCCCCUCGCCCUGCGGCCCCAAUUCCCAAUGUCGCGUUUCGGGCGACAGUCCCUCCUGCUCCUGCCUGCCCGACUUCAUCGGUUCCCCUCCCGCCUGCCGCCCGGAGUGCGUCAGCAACAGCGAAUGUCGCAGCAACCUGGCCUGCAUCAACCAGAAGUGCCGCGACCCGUGUCCCGGCUCAUGUGGCUCCAACGCCCAGUGCAACGUUGUCAGUCACACGCCCCUCUGCACCUGCUCUGACGGCUUUACUGGUAAUCCGUUCACGACCUGCAACGUUAUACAGUUCACACCCCUGGCUCAAGAGAGACCCACUCCUUGUAUGCCAUCACCUUGUGGUGCCAACGCUCAGUGCCGGGAACAAAAUGGCGCCGGUUCUUGCACGUGUCUGCCGGAAUACAUUGGAAAUCCGUACGAAGGCUGCAGACCUGAAUGUGUCAUCAAUUCGGAUUGUGCGCCUAUGCUGGCCUGUAUCAGGAACAAGUGUCAGGACCCAUGUCCCGGCACCUGUGGUCAGAACGCCGACUGUCAGGUGGUCAAUCAUCUGCCAUCUUGCAUUUGUCGUCCUGGCUUCACUGGCGAUCCAUUCAGAGGCUGCUCGCCGAUACCGCCACCUCCUCUACAAGCGCCUCCAUCAAACCCAUGCAACCCGUCACCAUGUGGACCCAACAGCCAGUGCAGAGAAGUCAACGGACAAGCUGUGUGCUCCUGUCUACCCACCUACAUAGGAACUCCACCAGGCUGCAGACCGGAGUGUGUGGUCAGCUCAGAGUGUCCACCCAACAGAGCCUGCAUCAACCAGAAAUGUGCCGAUCCUUGUCCUGGAACGUGUGGACAGAAUGCCAACUGCCAAGUCAUCAAUCACAGUCCAAUCUGCAGUUGUAGAGCUGGAUUCACAGGAGAUCCAUUCACUCGUUGUUACCCAGUUCCGCCUCCAGCCCAAGCCCCACCCGAGCCAGUCUACGUGAACCCAUGUGUGCCAUCACCCUGCGGGCCCUACUCGCAAUGCCGCGACAUCGGCGGUUCUCCAUCGUGCUCGUGUCUGCCCGAGUACACAGGCGUGCCGCCCAACUGCCGACCCGAGUGCGUCAUCAGCGCCGAGUGCCAGAGCAACCUGGCCUGCAUGCGUGAGAAGUGCCGCGACCCGUGUCCCGGCUCAUGCGGCGCCGGCGCUCAGUGCUCCGUUGUCAACCACACGCCCAUCUGCACCUGUCCCGAAGGAUUCACCGGUGACCCGUUCACCAACUGCUUCCCGAAACCACCUCCACCAAUUGAACCACUUCAGACCGAUCCUUGCAACCCAUCACCAUGUGGACCAAACGCGCAAUGCAACAAUGGCAUAUGUACAUGCUUGCCAGAAUUCCAGGGAGAUCCAUACACUGGCUGUAGGCCUGAGUGUGUGCUCAACACAGACUGUCCAAGAGAUAAGGCCUGUAUCCGCAACAAGUGCACAGAUCCCUGUCCAGGUACCUGUGGACAAGAUGCGAGAUGUGAUGUCAUCAAUCACAUUCCAGUGUGUAGUUGCCCUGAGAGGAUGUCAGGAAAUCCGUUCGUACAAUGUAGACCACAACAAGAUCCAGUUGUUACUCAACCUUGCAACCCAUCACCUUGUGGACCAUUCAGUCAAUGUAGAGAGAUCAAUGGACAAGCGGUAUGUUCUUGUGUACCUGGCUAUAUUGGCAGUCCACCAGCCUGUAGACCAGAGUGUGUGGUCAGCUCAGAUUGUAAUCUCAAUCAGGCUUGUUCCAAUCAGAAAUGUAGAGACCCUUGUCAGGGAACUUGUGGAGUAGGAGCUAGAUGCCAAGUUAUAAACCACAAUCCAAUCUGUAGUUGUCCCACUGGAAUGACUGGAGAUCCAUUUGUGAGAUGUAUACCACAACCACCUCCACAGGCAGCACCACCUACAAACCCUUGUCAACCUUCUCCAUGUGGACCCAACUCUCAGUGCAGAGUAUCUGGAGAAAGUCCAUCCUGUUCAUGUUUGCCUGACUUCAUUGGAACACCUCCGAAUUGCAGACCUGAGUGUGUCAGUAACAGUGAGUGUGCUAGCAACCUAGCAUGUAUCAACCAGAAAUGUAGAGACCCAUGUCCAGGCACAUGUGGGGCAAAUGCUGAUUGUAGAGUUGUCAGUCACACUCCUCAAUGCAUGUGUAUCACAGGAUACACUGGCGAUCCUUUCCUUCAAUGUACUGUCAUACAAGCAGCUCCCAUCCCACAAGAGAGACCAACUCCUUGUAUGCCAUCACCAUGUGGAGCUAAUGCUGUUUGCAGAGAGCAAAAUAAUGCAGGUUCAUGCUCCUGUCUCCCAGAAUAUAUUGGAAAUCCGUAUGAAGGAUGUAGACCUGAGUGUGUCAUCAACACUGAUUGUGCACAGAAUAGAGCAUGUAUCAGGAACAAGUGUCAAGACCCAUGCCCUGGCACUUGUGGACAGAAUGCUGAUUGCCAGGUGGUGAAUCAUCUGCCACUGUGUACUUGCAGGACUGGUUACACUGGAGAUCCUUUCAGAUUCUGCAACAUCAUUCCUCAGCAAGCACCUCAACAACUGCCACCAUCGAACCCUUGCAACCCAUCACCGUGUGGGCCGAACAGCCAGUGCAGAGAAGUUAACGGACAAGCUGUGUGCUCAUGUCUGCCCAACUACAUUGGAACUCCACCAGGCUGCAGACCAGAGUGUGUGGUCAGCUCAGAGUGUCCACCCAACAGGGCAUGCAUCAAUCAGAAAUGUGCUGAUCCUUGCCCUGGAACGUGUGGCCAGAAUGCCAACUGCCAAGUUAUCAACCACAGUCCAAUCUGCAGCUGUCAACAGGGAUUCACUGGAGAUCCGUUCACUAGAUGUUUCCCCAUACCACCACCACCACAACAAGCACCCCAAACACCAAUCAACCCAUGUGUACCAUCUCCUUGUGGGCCAAACUCUCAGUGCAGAGACAUUGGAGGCACACCUUCAUGUUCCUGCUUGCCAGAGUACACUGGAAGUCCACCCAACUGUCGACCCGAGUGUGUCAUCAGCUCAGAGUGUCGCAGCAACUUGGCCUGUAUGAGAGAGAAGUGCAGAGACCCAUGUCCUGGUUCGUGUGGAGCCAAUGCUCAGUGUAGUGUUAUCAACCACACGCCCAUCUGCACUUGUCCUGAAGGAAUGACUGGUGAUCCAUUCACCGUUUGUUCUCCUCUGCCACCACCAACUCAACCACCAUUGGCAACAGAUCCUUGCAACCCAUCACCGUGUGGACCAAAUGCACAGUGCAACAAUGGAAUCUGUACUUGUUUGCCUGAAUUCCAAGGGGAUCCAUACAGUGGUUGUCGACCAGAGUGUGUACUCAAUACUGACUGUCCCAGAGAUAAGGCUUGUAUCCGCAACAAAUGUACUGACCCUUGCCCAGGAACUUGUGGACAGGAUGCAAGAUGUGAUGUUAUCAAUCAUAUUCCAGUGUGUAGUUGCCCUGAGAGGAUGUCUGGCAACCCAUUUGUGCAGUGUAGGCCACAACAAGAUCCAGUUGUUACACAACCAUGCAAUCCAUCACCAUGUGGACCAUUCAGUCAGUGUAGGGAGAUCAAUGGACAGGCUGUAUGCUCUUGUGUCCCUGGAUACAUUGGAAGUCCACCACAAUGUCGACCAGAAUGUGUUGUGAGCUCUGAUUGUAACCUGAAUCAGGCAUGUAUGAAUCAGAAGUGUAGAGAUCCAUGCCCAGGUACAUGUGGUGUGGGAGCUAGGUGUCAAGUUAUCAAUCACAAUCCGAUUUGUAGUUGUCCAACUGGAAUGACUGGAGAUCCGUUUGUCAGAUGUAUUCCACAGCCACCACCACAAGCGGCUCCACCCACAAACCCAUGUCAACCAUCACCAUGUGGACCCAACUCCCAAUGUAGAGUAGCUGGAGAAAGUCCAUCUUGUUCAUGUCUACCAGAUUUCAUUGGUACGCCUCCGAAUUGCCGACCUGAAUGUGUUAGUAACAGUGAAUGUGCCAGUAACUUGGCCUGUAUCAACCAGAAAUGUAGAGACCCUUGUCCAGGAACCUGUGGACAGAAUGCAGAGUGCAGAGUGGUCAGUCAUACACCACAAUGUGUUUGCUUGCCUGGAUAUACUGGUGAUGCCUUUAUUCAGUGCUCCAUACAACAAGCUGCACCAAUACCUCAGGAAAGACCCACUCCAUGCAUACCAUCUCCAUGUGGUGCAAAUGCUGUCUGCAGAGAACAAAAUGGAGCCGGCUCUUGUACUUGCUUGCCUGAUUAUGUUGGGAACCCGUAUGAAGGAUGUAGACCAGAGUGCGUGAUCAACACUGAUUGUCCAUCGAACAGAGCCUGUAUCAGAAGCAAGUGUCAAGAUCCUUGCCCUGGUACCUGUGGACAAAACGCUGACUGUCAAGUGGUUAAUCAUCUACCUCUUUGUACUUGCCGAUCUGGUUUCACUGGAGAUCCAUUUAGAAGCUGUUCACCUAUACCUCCACCACCUCUACAAGCUCCUCCAUCAAAUCCUUGCAACCCAUCACCAUGUGGCCCUAACAGUCAGUGCAGAGAAGUCAACGGACAAGCUGUGUGCUCCUGUCUACCUGAAUAUAUUGGAACUCCACCAGGCUGCAGACCAGAGUGUGUGGUCAGCUCAGAGUGUCCACCCAACAGGGCAUGCAUCAACCAGAAAUGUGCUGAUCCUUGCCCUGGAACUUGUGGUCUGAAUGCCAGAUGUGAAGUCAUCAAUCACAGCCCGAUCUGCAGUUGUCAGCAAGGCUUCACUGGAGACCCAUUCAGCAGAUGCUUCCCAAUACCACCACCACCACAGCAAGCAGCCCCGCCUGAACCAGUUAACCCCUGUGUGCCAUCACCUUGCGGCCUGAACUCGAUCUGCCAGGCAGUUGGCACCAUUCCAUCGUGCUCGUGUCUGCCUUCCUACAUUGGCUCGCCGCCCAACUGUCGACCCGAGUGCGUCAUCAACUCAGAGUGUGCCAGCAACCUUGCCUGUAUCAACCAGAAGUGCCGCGACCCUUGUCCUGGGUCUUGUGGCUCGGGAGCGCAGUGCAGUGUCAUCAACCACACUCCUAUCUGCACGUGUCCUCCAGGAUUCACUGGUGAUCCAUUCACUAGUUGUACGCCGACGCCACCACCACCAAUCGAGCCACUACAGACCGACCCAUGCAACCCAUCACCUUGUGGACCAAAUGCACAAUGUAACAAUGGAAUCUGUACCUGUCUGCCAGAAUUCCAAGGAGAUCCAUACACUGGUUGUCGACCUGAAUGUGUGCUCAACACUGAUUGCCCAAGGGACAAAGCCUGCAUUAGAAACAGAUGCUCUGAUCCUUGCCCAGGAACAUGUGGACAAGAUGCAAGAUGUGAUGUCAUCAAUCAUAUACCAGUGUGCAGUUGCCCUGAAAGGAUGUCAGGAAAUCCAUUUGUACAGUGUAGGCCAUUGCAAGAUCCAGUUGUUACUCAACCUUGCAAUCCAUCACCUUGUGGACCAUUUAGUCAAUGUAGAGAGAUCAAUGGACAAGCUGUGUGUUCUUGCGUGCCUGGUUAUAUUGGCAGCCCACCAGCCUGUAGACCAGAGUGUGUUGUGAGCUCAGACUGUAACUUGAAUCAAGCCUGUAUGAACCAGAAAUGCAGAGACCCGUGUCCAGGUACAUGUGGCAUUGGAGCUAGAUGUCAAGUUAUCAACCACAAUCCAAUCUGCAGUUGUCCUUCUGGAAUGACUGGAGAUCCAUUUGUGAGAUGUCAGCCAAUUCCACCACCUCAAGCAGCUCCACCCACAAACCCAUGUCAACCAUCACCAUGUGGACCCAACUCACAAUGUAGAGUUGCUGGAGAAAGUCCAUCAUGUUCAUGCUUGCCUGAUUUUAUUGGAACACCACCAAACUGUAGGCCAGAGUGUGCAAGUAAUAGUGAAUGUGCUAGUCAUCUGGCUUGUAUCAACCAGAGAUGUAGAGACCCAUGUCCUGGUACAUGUGGAGCAAAUGCUGAGUGCAGAGUUGUGAGUCAUACACCACAAUGUAUAUGUAUUGUUGGCUACACUGGAGAUCCAUUCAGUCAGUGUAAUGUACAGCAGGCCCCCAUACCUCAAGAACGACCCACUCCUUGCCAACCAUCGCCGUGUGGAUCAAACGCUGUUUGCAGAGAACAAAAUGGAGCUGGAUCAUGUACCUGUCUACCUGAUUACAUUGGAAAUCCAUAUGAAGGCUGCAGACCAGAAUGUGUUCUAAACACUGACUGUCCAUCAAACAAAGCCUGCAUCACCAAUAAAUGCAAAGAUCCAUGCCCUGGAACCUGUGGACAGAAUGCAAAUUGCCAAGUGGUCAACCACCUGCCGGCUUGCACAUGUUUCCCUGGCUACACUGGUGAUCCAUUCAGAAGAUGCUCUCCCAUUCCUCCACCUCCUGUCCAACAAGCACCCCCAACAAAUCCUUGCACUCCUUCACCCUGCGGACCUAACAGCCAGUGCAGAGAAGUGAAUGGACAAGCUGUGUGCUCCUGUCUACCUGAAUACAUAGGAACUCCACCAGGCUGCAGACCGGAGUGUGUGGUCAGCUCAGAGUGUCCACCCAACAGGGCAUGCAUCAACCAGAAAUGCGCCGAUCCUUGUCCUGGAACUUGUGGCCUGAAUGCCAGAUGUGAAGUCAUCAACCACAGUCCAAUCUGCAGUUGUCAGCAAGGCUUCAUUGGAGAUCCAUUCACCAGAUGCACGCCUAUACCUCCUCCACCACAACAAGCACCACCAGCUCCAGUGAACCCAUGUGUGCCAUCGCCAUGCGGUCCAUACUCUCAGUGCAGAGACAUCGGAGGCUCUCCAUCAUGCUCCUGCCUGCCAGAGUACAUUGGCAGUCCACCUAAUUGCCGACCCGAAUGUGUCAUCAACUCGGAAUGUUCCAGCAACUUGGCCUGUAUGAGAGAAAAGUGCCGAGACCCAUGUCCUGGUUCGUGUGGAGCUGGAGCUGUAUGCAACGUCAUCAACCACACACCCAUCUGCACAUGUCCUGAGGGAUUCACUGGUGAUCCGUUCACCAACUGCUUCCCCAAACCUCCUGAACCCAUUCCUCCUUUGAACGUGGAUCCUUGCAACCCAUCGCCUUGCGGUCCGAACGCGCAGUGUAGGGACGGAGUGUGCACUUGUCUGCCAGAGUACCAGGGUGAUCCGUACACUGGCUGCCGACCGGAGUGUGUGCUGAACGCCGACUGUCCGCGCGACCGGGCAUGUAUCCGCAACAAGUGUCAGGACCCUUGUCCCGGCACAUGUGGUCAGGGAGCCACCUGCGAUGUGCUCAACCACAUUCCCAUCUGCACUUGUCCCCCGGGCACGUCAGGAAAUCCGUUUGUCCAGUGUCGAACUAUGCAGGCUCCUGAGGUAACACAGCCCUGCAACCCGUCACCCUGCGGACCCAACUCGCAGUGCCGUGACGUGAACGGACAAGCGGUCUGCUCGUGCCUGCCUGGCUUCGUCGGAGCUCCGCCAUCUUGCCGACCUGAGUGCAUUGUCAACUCGGACUGUCCGCUGAACGAGGCUUGCAUCAACCAGCACUGCACCGACCCGUGUCCCGGCACCUGCGGUCUCUCGGCUCGCUGCAUGGUCAUCAACCACAACCCCAUCUGCAGUUGUCCACCUGGUUUGACCGGUGACCCCUUCUCCAGAUGUCAGCCUAUACCUCCACCACUAGCAGCACCCACCUCUCCGCCAGUGCCCCGCGACCCGUGCCUGCCAUCGCCCUGCGGUCCGAACUCGGUGUGCCAGGUGUCGGCCGCCGGAACAUCAUCCUGUUCGUGCCUGCCGUCCUACAUCGGUGCACCGCCCAACUGCCGACCCGAGUGCGUCUCCAACAGCGACUGCGCGCCUCAGCUGGCCUGCAUCAACCAGCGCUGCCGCGACCCGUGCCCCGGCUCCUGCGGCCUCAGUGCCGAGUGCCGAGUCACCAGCCACACGCCCAACUGCUUCUGUCCGCCCGGCUACCAGGGCGAUCCCUUCACCGUCUGCAGUCCGACGCCAUCGACCCCUCCCCCCGCUCCCAAACCCUCGAAUCCCUGCUUCCCGUCACCAUGCGGCUCUAACGCCCGCUGCCGCCUGGAAGGCACCUACGCAGUGUGCGAGUGCCUGUCCGACUACCAGGGCAACCCGUACGAGGGCUGCCGACCCGAAUGCCUGGUCAGCUCCGACUGCCCCAUGAACCGCGCCUGCAUCCGCAACAAGUGCCAGGACCCGUGUCCCGGCACCUGCGGCCUCAACGCCUUCUGCACCGUCUCCAACCACAUCCCCAUCUGCUCCUGUCCCGAGGGAACCACCGGCGACGCCUUCCGCCUGUGCGACCGCGUCCAGAUGACCCCUCAACUGCCGUCUGAUCCGUGCUCACCAUCUCCAUGCGGCCCGAACACGGUGUGCCGCGUGGUGUCCGGUGCGGCGGCCUGCGAGUGCCUGCCCGGCUUCCAGGGUUCGGCCAGCACAUCAGGCUGUCGUCCGGAGUGCGUCAUCAGCCCCGACUGUCCGCGCCACCGCGCAUGCGUCAACAACAAGUGCCAAGACCCCUGUCCGGGCGUGUGCGGCUUCCGUGCCGUCUGCCAGGCCAUCAACCACAGUCCCGUCUGCAGUUGUCCACCGCCUCUCAUCGGUGAUCCGUUCACCGAGUGCAAGAAUCAGCCACCACCUCCACAAGACCCAUGCAACCCAUCACCCUGCGGUCAAAACGGACAGUGCCGUGUGAUCAACGGCAUCGCGUCGUGCGUCUACCCGGAGUGUGUCAUCAACCAGGAUUGUCCACGUGACAAGGCCUGCUUCAACCAGAAGUGCCGCGACCCCUGCUGGGACGCAUGCGGCAUCAACGCCAUCUGCCAGGUCGUCAACCACAACCCCAUCUGCUCAUGUCCGCCCGGUUAUGAGGGAGAGCCCCGGCUCGAAUGUCGACGCCAAAUUGUUCCCGAUUUCCCAAUCCCACCACGACCAGAAUGUAUCAACGAUGAUGAGUGCUCGAACGAAAAGGCUUGCAUAGAUGGAUCAUGCAAAGACCCUUGCGUUGGACCUUACAUUUGCGCUGCUAAGGCCGAAUGCCGGGUUCAACAGCAUAGGCCUUUCUGUGUCUGCAAAGAAGGCAUGACUGGAAACGCUCAACUACAGUGCUUUGAAAUUGGCUGCCGUGCGGACAUAGAGUGCCCGCCGCAACAGGCGUGUGUGAACCGCGAGUGCAUCGACCCGUGUGCGUACACUUCGUGCGGUGAGAACGCCGAGUGCCGCGUAGAGGACAUGACACACAAGGCGCGCUGCUUCUGCCGGCCGCAGUUCAGUGGUAACCCUCUGACGCGGUGCGAGCGGCCACAGUGCUCCGCCAACAGCGAGUGCCCCGACCACCUGGUGUGCCGCGACCAGCGCUGCCAGGACCCCUGCGACUGUGCGCCCAACGCGCUCUGCAGUGUCGCCGCCCAUCUGCCCACCUGUCGCUGUCCACCCGGAUACAUCGGCAAUCCUCAUGAGGCUUGCACUAUUGCACCAAUCGAGAAACCAGCCCAGUGUAAGAAGGACGCCGAUUGCGCCAGCAAAUUGGCAUGCUUCAGCGCUGAGUGCCGCAACCCGUGCUACGAGACCAAGCCAUGUGGCGCCAAUGCCGAGUGCUUCGUCGUCGACACUCUGCCAUUGAGAACCAUGUCCUGUCUAUGUCAACCUGGCUUUGUGGGAGACGCCGAUGUCGAAUGUAAACCAGCACCAUCCACAACACCUGGAUGCCACAGUGAUAGCGAAUGUCCAACAACAGACACGUGUCUGAACCAACGCUGUGUGAAUCCGUGCGCCCUGUCCAAUCCUUGUGCCAAGAACGCCGAUUGCCAGGCUUUGAACCACAAAGCAGUUUGUAGGUGUCCAGCGGGUCUUCUUGGAGAUCCAUUUGUCAACUGUUACAAAGAACCGCUGGCCUCGCCCGAAUGCUCAUCCGACUCAGAUUGUCCAUCGCUGCGCGCAUGCGUGAACCGGCGUUGCCAAGACCCGUGCAUUGUUGCCAAUCCGUGCGGCCUCUCAGCUGAGUGCUCGACAAGCAACCAUCGUCCGGUGUGCGCAUGCCCCCAGGGAUGGGCCGGAAACCCACAAGUCCAGUGCUACAAACCGGAGUGUAAGAUUGACGCCGACUGUCUGUACGACAAAGCCUGUCUGAAUGGCAACUGUAUAUCACCAUGCAUCAGCGUGUCCUGUGGCCGUGGAGCCGAGUGCAGGGUUCAAGCCCAUCUGGCGCAGUGUGUCUGUCCACCAGGCACUCAAGGAAAUCCACAGGUAUCUUGUGUAUCGCUGGUUUGUCAAUACAACGAAGACUGUGCCGACCAUGAGGCAUGCGACCGCCUCAAUAGAGUGUGCCGACCCGUGUGCGACGAUGACACGUGUGCCAAGUCUGCCACGUGCACGCCACGUGCUCACCAGCCCACGUGUACCUGUCCACCGGGAAGCGGAGGAAACCCAUACAUCGAAUGCACAAGACCGAGAACACCAGAAAUCACGCCGGAAUGCUCUGUGGACGCAGAGUGUCCAUCGCGGCUGGCCUGUGUGAACAACCGGUGCGAGAACCCGUGCCGCCUGUCAGCCAUCUGCUCUGCUGACCAGGAGUGUCGCGUGCUGGACACACUGCCUCUGCGCACCAUCAUGUGUGUCUGUCCACCCGACUCCAUUGCCACGCCCCAAGGCCGAUGCCAACUCAUUGGUCACCCGCAAGUAGAAUGCAAGGUGGACUCUGACUGUCGCCCGACUGACCGCUGCAUGCGAGGCAGCUGCGUGGAGGCAUGCCGUGUGGACCCGUGUGGCCUGAACGCGCAGUGCACGAGCAUCUCGCACACGGCCGUCUGCACAUGUCCGGCCGACUUCACCGGCAACCCGCACAUCGAGUGCAGCUACCAGCCUAUCAGGGAGUUGCCACCCGCGCUGCCCGAGUGUGUCAGGGACGAUGACUGUCCCGAUGACCGGGGUUGCAUCAACCAGCGCUGCGAACAUCCCUGCGCUGCCACCAAUCCAUGCUCGCUGUCCGCGUUCUGUCACGUCGAAGGUCACAAGCCUGUCUGUCGCUGUCCGCCCGGAUUCAACGGUGAUCCGUUCACUGAAUGCAGACCACCGGGUGCAGUUGUUGGAUGUGCUGCUAACUCAGACUGUAGUAUGGAAGAGGCCUGCAUCAACCGUUUGUGUAUAACACCUUGUAAUUGUGGACCCAACGCCGAUUGUAAGGUUUCCAACCAUUAUCCAACUUGCUUCUGUAGGCCUGGAUAUUCUGGAAACCCGCAGUUUGGAUGUGUUAAAGUGAGUUGUGAAGCAGAUGAACAGUGCCCAUCCGACAAGACCUGCUACAAUGGAGAAUGUGUGAAUCCAUGCAUUCUGGGCGACCCUUGUGUUGCCAAUGCUGAAUGUUAUGGAGGAAACCACAGAAGCAAUUGCAGAUGCCGACCUGGAUAUUCUGGAAAUCCACUGAUACAGUGCCAACAGAUCGAAUGCCGCAUCGACGCCGACUGCCCGCAAGACCGCAGCUGCCUGAACGAGAAGUGCGUGAACCCGUGCACGGAUGUGGCGAACGCGCCGUGCGCCGCGAACGCGCAGUGCUACGUGCGCAACCACAACGCCGGCUGCCGCUGCCCGCCGCACUUACCGCUCGGCAACCCGCUGGCCUACUGCGAGCGUGCACCACCACCCGACACCGAGCCCGAGUGCAGACAUGACACCGACUGCCCCUCGCAGCUCGCCUGCAUCGACAACGCUUGCACCAACCCCUGUCGCGCGCUCAGUCCAUGCGCCACCAGUGCUAGAUGCAGUGUUCUUGACACGAUGCCAGUGCGCACAAUGAUCUGCACAUGUCCGGAAGGCUGGGUGCCGAACAGCGAGGGAGAGUGCAAGCCAAUCCUACUGCCCAUGCCACCAGGCUGCUCGUCCGACAGCGAAUGCCCCAGCAAAGAGGCCUGCAUCAACCGCAUGUGUCGCAACCCGUGCAACUGUGGCACCAACGCACAGUGCUUCGUCCAGGACCAUCGACCCAUCUGCUCCUGCGAGACCGGCUAUGAAGGAAACCCGCACAUCGCUUGUAAAACUGUUGGCUGUCGUUCGGACUCUGAGUGCGACUCAGGCAAGGCGUGCAUCAAUGGCAACUGCGUGAACCCGUGCGUGGUGGACGACCCGUGCGGAGCGAACGCGGAGUGCUACGUGGUGGGCAACCGCGCCGAGUGCCGCUGCUUGUCGGGCUACCAGGGCAACCCACGUGACCGCUGCCUGGUAGUGGGCUGCCGUAGCAACAGUGACUGUCCCGAUGACCGAGCCUGCAUCAACGCCCAAUGCAUCAACCCCUGCAUCUACGAACAUCCGUGCGCCCUGCGUGCCGAGUGUCAAGUGCACAACCACCUGGCGCUGUGUCGCUGCCCGAUCGGGUCGGUCGGCAACCCGUACGUGUCGUGUCGGCCCCAACCGGCUCCCGAGUGCAAGGUCGACGCCGACUGUCCGCCGUUCUUCGGCUGUUUCAACGAGAAGUGUCGCGAGCCCUGCAACCAGGUGCAGCCUUGUGAUCGGCCCGCCGAAUGCCAGGCUAUCAGCUCGCUGCCGGUACGCACGAUGAUCUGCGUGUGCCCGAGUGGCUACGUGAGCAGCGGCAGCGGAACGUGCAAGGCGACGCCACCCAUAGAGAGGAUCGGCGGCUGUCGCGAGGACAGCGAGUGUGCGUCGGACAAGGCGUGCGUGCGAGGCGUGUGCCGCGACCCGUGUGACUGCGGCCUUAACGCUGAGUGCCGCAUCAUCAACCACAAACCCGUCUGCACCUGUCGCAUCGGCUAUGACGGAAACCCGGACGUACAGUGUGUCAAAGCAGGCUGCAGGAGCGACAGCGACUGCUCAGGCCAGCACUCGUGCGUGAACCGUGUGUGCACGCCGGUGUGCGCGACUGACGGCAGCUCAUGCGGCACGAACGCGCAGUGCUACGGCGCACACCACCGCGCCAUCUGUGAGUGUGCACCGGGCCUUACCGGCGAUGCACAAGUGGCGUGUAUUCUGGUCGAGUGUACCACCAACUCCGAGUGCCCCAGCGAUCGCGCAUGCAUCAACCGCCAGUGUGUGUCGCCCUGUGCCGAGGACAAUCCCUGCAAGGAACCUGCCAAAUGUCAUGCAUACAACCACAAGGCCGACUGCUCAUGUCCGCCCGGAUACAUCGGCGAUCUCGGCCUAGGAUGCGAGAAGAUCGAAGCAAAAUGUGUGAGCGACAGCGAAUGUCCAUCGCAGACGGCGUGCAUCAACGCACAGUGCGUGAACCCAUGCACAGUGAGUGAGCCGUGCGGAAAUAACACCAUCUGCCAAGUGUUCGACACGGCGCCCGUCAGAACAAUGAUCUGCGAGUGCUUGCCCGGAUACCAAGGAAACGCGGCCGUCAAGUGUGACAACUCCUGUCCAUUCGAGAAAGGCUUCAUCAGAGACGACGAAGGCAACUGCAUCUGUCCACCAGGCACCGGCCUCAGUCCAAGCGAUGAGUGCAUCCGCUGUUUGCCCGAGCGAGGCCAGAAGGUCGACGAGCGAGGCAACUGUGUGUGCGCCCUCGAGCGAGGCAUGAUCAUCGACGAGCGAGGCAACUGUCGCUGUCCUGUUGAGCACGGCUACCGGCUCGACUUCCAUGGCAACUGUGUGCCAGUGAUAAGCGUUGAGUGUGAAUCGGACGACGAGUGCCCAGAUCACCGCUACUGCAACCUGGAGACAAAGACGUGCGACGACCCGUGUGCCGUGAAGCGGUGCGGAGUCAACGCACUCUGCAACGCCACGCGCCACCAGGCUGUCUGCGCUUGCAUCAGCGGAUACAACGGAGACGCCAAUGUCUACUGCAAUAUCACAACACCAAACCUGAGAACCGAUUUCCCGAAACCAGACAUGGCGGUGAGCUGCUUGUCGGAUGGCGUGCAGGUGGAAGUGCACAUCACAGAGCAGGGCUUCAAUGGAGUGCUCUACGUGAAGGGCCACAGCAAGAACGAGCAGUGCCGUCGCGUCGUCACUCUGCCUCCCGACUCCACGCCUCGAAACGAGAUCUUCAAAGUCAACUUCGGAUCUUGCGGUCUCAUACAAGUUAAUGGCCAAGCGACAUUCGUGCUAGUGAUCCAGAAACAUCCGAAACUAGUAACUUACAAGGCGCAGGCUUACCACAUCAAGUGCGUCUACUCGACCGGCACUCAGACAGUGACAAUCGGAUUCAACGUGUCGAUGUUGACGACGGCUGGCACCAUAGCCAACACGGGCCCACCUCCCACCUGCCUCAUGAGGAUCGUCACUCACACCGGACAGGAAAUCAAUUCGGCCGAAAUCGGAGACAAUCUCAUGCUGCAAGUCGACGUACAACCUUCCAGUAUCUACGGAGGAUUUGCACGUAGCUGUGUAGCGAAGACAAUGGAGGAUUCGGUGGAGAACGAGUACAUAGUGACGGACGAGAACGGUUGCGCCACUGACCCGACCAUAUUCGGCGAAUGGGACCACAGCCCCGAGACGCAGUCGCUGUUGGCCGGCUUCAACGCAUUCAAGUUCCCCAGCAGCGACAACAUUCGCUUCCAGUGCAACAUUCGCGUCUGCUUCGGCAAAUGCCAACCUGUCAACUGCAGAGGUGACAACGCAUAUGGAAGAAGAAGGAGAGAAAUUGCUAGAAACAAUACGGAUGUGGACAUCGAAUCUUACAACGAAGGACAAUUACGAGAAGAAAUAACGAUUCAAUCGAACGCAAUAUUAACUUUCGAAAGGAGAGAGGAGCGAUUUACCGAUCCCACUGAAGCACCGGAAGUGCGGCAAGUGGAGGACAUCUGCAUAUCGAUGAUUGGGUUCAUAAUAGCGCUGGUGAUCACGGCGCUGCUGGCCCUGGUGGCCGUGGCAGUGGCCGUCAGCUGCUGGCUGAUUGCGUACAGACGGCGGCCCAAGACCAGUGGCCCUCUGCCACAUCCGCCCGAGUUCCCCAACCCACUCUUCACCACGCCAGAGCCAGUCGCCGAGCCCUCACCUGACUACCUCUCCUAACUUCGCUGAAAACGACAACCUUCCCAGUAUUACGACUGCCUUAAUUCCCCCCCCCCCAAACCAAACCACGUGACCCCGUCCCCAACUCUAGUUAAUGUAAUAAUAUUAUAUAAAUCGAGUAUGGACAAUGUCCAGUAAAUGUGUAAGAUGUACAGCCAAAUACAACUCACCUCAACUACCCUAGAUUGUAAAUCUUUUUGUUUGCAUACUUGAAAAAAACAUUGUAAACUGUGUUGAAGUGAGGUGUAUUUAUACUAUUGUUCAAACAUCUCCUCCAUUGGCUUUUGAAAGCGGCUUUAUCUAAGUUUAGUUCAAACGGGGAUUAUCCAAAUCUUCAGUUUUAUUUUUCCUCUAUAUUUUAGUCUUAUUAUUUCUUCUAUGGUGUGGGGUCUAUUAAAUUCUAAUUAUCUAACAUUUAAUAAUAAUUGAAUUCCCGAUAAGUAGCUUAUUUUAUUAACGUACCUAUCUAUUAUAAGACUCUUUCAAUCUCAAUCAAAAUAGUAUUCGUGCCUCGUGUACCCAAGUUUGUUUUUCAAAUAUAUAUUUCAACAUUUUAGUUAUAUUUCUUGAGAAAAAACUAGCUUAAUAUAUCUCCGUCCUCGAUCUAUAUAUUGUGAGCAACGACGAUUAAGCCUUUGGAGGAUUUGUGUUAAUUAGUUAGGACAAUAAUUGAUUGUUCCAUAAUAAAUGAUCAAUUGAUUAAUAUUAUUAACAAGAUAUUUUAUGAAUCUAUACAUAAUAGUUUUUUAAUGUGUAAAAAAUAGUCCUAUGUAAAUUGAAAGGUAUAAAUGGAUGUGUGCUUGUGAUGAGUGGGUGAAUAAUUUUUCAAAAAUGUUUCUAGUAUGUUUCUGGUUAGGAUUGAGAGCUUGUUGGAUAGAUUUGUAAAUGUUUAUAUUUGUAAUAAAAUUAUUUCGUUAAAUUAUACACUGCUCAAUCUCGGUUCUAAUUAUUGACAUACAUGUUAACUGAAUAUAUUUAGGAAUUAUAAACAAGACAACGAACAUAAGAGAGAAAGAUAUUGCUUCUUAUAUUGAGUGAGAAUGAAUGAUUUAGUCUGUAACGUUAAAUUUUCACUGUGAUUGAUUUGAUGUAUUAAUUCAAAUAAUACAGUAGCAUACUUUCAUUGUGCCUACCAAUAUAAAACAUCCGAAACCUAAUGAAAUUAGUUUUCAGUCUCCAAAAUCUAUUUGACCCCUCUUUUUUAGAAUAUAAUUUCAAAUUUUAUUUCACAUAAGUUCAGAAGUUCAAAUUAUUCUCUUCAGUAGAAAUCAAUCACAGAAAAACAUUGGAUUCAGUAUCGAGACUGCCCAAGUUAUUGUAAAUUAAUACAUAUUUUAUUCAUUCUCUUAUUAAUCGAUUAAUGAAGCUUCAAAGCUUUAAUGUUAAUAAUAUUUCUCUUUUAUCUUCAGUUGAAAAUUGUAAAAAUCAAAUUUUAUUAUUAAUUAAUAGCCUAUUACGUAGCUGUGUUUAUCAUGUUCAAUAUGAAUAAGGAAACAAUUAUUUUUUGUUUUUAUUGGAUGUUGUCUUCUGCCUUAAGUUGGAUAUUAAUUGCAACGUUGUUAAUAUUAUUUAAUUUUAGUCAGAUAAUUUUAGUCAUAUUUAAUUAGGUGGGUCGAUUCUUAUUUUUUUUAUAACGUUUCCCUCUUCAUUUGGACAUUUUGAACACGGCUGAUACGCAAUAAUAGUAGUAACUUAUAUGCGAUCUUGUAACUUAUUUUUUUCUAAAUUUAACAAAAAUGUGAUAAUAAUUGGCAAUAAUAAAAAUCAUUAAUAAUAAAA